GGAUAGACGUGGAUCUGACGACCGAGUCAGCAAGUGAAGUUACAUCUAGAAUAUCAAUCGGAAGUUCAACCAUGCCAUCAGAAUCGCAUGAUACAUCCACAUCUUUUAUACAAGACACAACUUUAACAACGUCUUCUGUUGAUAUUUCUAUAGCUGAUUAUACUCCAUCAGAAAGUUUAGUUCCAACCACUAUGGUGCCAGUUUUUAAUGAAUCCACUUCUAUAUCGGAGUUAAGUCCGUUUGCGACUGAAAUGCCAAUUGCAAAUCACACGACUACGACAGAAUUUGCAAAGAGUUGUAUAACAGAAUUUGACUGCAUGGACGAACAGACCUGUUUAGGUGGGCUGUGCAUAUCGCCCUGUGAUUACUUCAGCAAUCUUUGCACGGUGCAGAAUCUGACUAUUUGUCGAACAUUGAACCACACCACAAUGUGCUUCUGUGAUAACGCCGAUGAUGUAAAUAGACCCGAUUGCUCUAUGAAAGCAGAAAUCGGUUGCGCAUCGAGUGAUGAGUGCCCCUCCCAGCAGGCGUGCAUUAAUGCUCUUUGCGUGGAUCCUUGCACCUACAAUAAUCCGUGCAGCCGGAAUGAAGAUUGUCGAGUUUUUAACCAUCAGCCACUGUGUUCAGCCGAACAUGGUCGCACGCCUGGCUGUGAACAUUGUCCACCAGGUGUCAACUGCGAUCCUACAACCGGUGCUUGUAUAAAGGCUAAUGUAACAAUAACAACUAUUACUACCAAGAACUCCACAUCUACCAAGAUACCAACGAAACAAAGAACAACAGCUAACCCAAACACAGGCGUCAAAACGACGCCGACAAUCACAAGGCCCACCACAAGAACAACCACGACCACAACCACUACUACUACCACUUCCUCCACUAGCACUGAAUCGAGCACAACAAUCACAAGCGCUACUAACCAGACUAGUAAAAACCAAAAACCAGACACAGAAAGCACCACCUCCCACACCGAUGCCACGAGGCGCUAUCGCGAUGGUGAGAACAAUAUCACCGAUACGCCAACUCUGAGACCCACUAUCCCGACGACCAUAUUGCGAGGGGAAAAUAUUAGUAGUGACAGUCAAAGGCUUUCCACAACGACGCCAAAAAUGAAGACGACCCGGCUAGAUACUUCCAACGAAGUCCCAGAUACCACAACACCAUGGCCAAUAGAGUUGCCGACCACGGAGGGCACUACCACGGAGGUCUACAAUACCAUGAUUGCCCCGCUUGGCAACACCACUGACACCUCAUUAAUUAACCCAUGUACAGUAGAUACUAACUGUGCUCCUAACGAGCACUGUAAGCUGGGCCAUUGCAGUAAGAAAGAACCACCGGGUUCACCGAACCCCGAACCCUGCCAAUCUAACAACGACUGCAUUGAGAGCGAGGCCUGUUACAUGGGACUGUGCCAGGAUCCAUGCGAGUUUGCCAAGAUUUGUGCUGCGACAGCUAAGUGUACGGCCAAGAGUCAUCGACCAGUUUGCACAUGUCCGCAGGGCCAUGAGGGCAAUCCGAUGGUCAAAUGUGUAACCACUCAAACCUCAAUUGAAUGUACUGACAAUUCGGACUGCGGAGUCACGGAAGCGUGCAUCAACCAGCUUUGUCAACAUCCUUGCGAUGUCCAUGAUCCUUGUGCCACGAAUGCCGUUUGCAUUAACACCAACCAUGCAGCCGAUUGCAGCUGCGCGGAUGGCUUCCAGGGCAACGGAUUUGUCGGCUGUCAAUCAGCACGUCCCCAUGUUUGUCAAUACAACGAGGACUGUCCGCCGACUAAGCUCUGCGAUCGUCUGAACCGCCGCUGUAUCAAUCCAUGCCAAGAGGACUCUUGCGGCGAGAAUGCCGAGUGCAUUCCCGUGAACCACGGAACUGAUUGUCGCUGCCUUCCUGGAUUCCUGGGCAAUGCCUAUGUGCAAUGCCUUCCCAGUCAGGGCUGUCGAUCCGAUUCAGAGUGCGAUUCAAGUCAGGCUUGCAUCAACGGAAAGUGUUCAUCGCCCUGUCAAUGCGGAGCUUUUGCCCUAUGCGAUGUUAUUAAUCAUCGUGGAGUGUGCAAGUGCCCUCCUGGUUACAACGGAAAUCCGCAAGUGGGAUGCAGUCCACCGCAAGACCCUUGCGACCCCAAUCCAUGCGGCUUGAAUGCCCUGUGUGAACUUGACAAUGGCAAUCCCAUCUGCUAUUGCCCCAAGGGGUUAACCGGAAAUCCUUUCAAAAAUUGCAUUCCUGAGGGAGAUGAGUGCACGCCUAAUCCCUGUGGCCCCAAUUCGGGAUGCCGCCGCGUGGAUGGCAACCCGAUUUGCUUCUGCCUGCCGGAAUACGAAGGUCAGCCUCCGUCGAUUCCCUGUGAACUACCUUCAAAUCCCUGCGAUCCGUCGCCUUGUGGACCGAAUACCCAGUGCUCCGUACUCAGCAAUGGCUUCUCUAAAUGCACCUGCCUCCCGAACUAUGUGGAGAGCCCGAACACCAUCCGAGGCUGCGUUGAACCCAUUAACCCAUGCGAUCCCAAUCCUUGUGGAACUGGAGCCAUCUGCGAUUCAUCUCGCCAGCCUGUAUGUUACUGUCCGGACAACAAGAUUGGAAAUCCUUUCAGGCUAUGCGACAAACCAGCUGUCACAAUUGAACUUUGCCAACCCGGACCCUGUGGCCGAAAUGCCGACUGUUAUGUAGCUGGAAAUCGGGAGGAGUGCUACUGUCGAUCAGGGUAUGUGGGAGAUGCUUAUCAAGGAUGCCGUGAACCAAGUCGCACCGUAUGCGAUCCCAACCCCUGCGGACCCAAUGCCAAUUGCGUUGUGGCAGGUGAUGGUCAAACCGCUUGCGUUUGCCCCGAUGGCUUAUCCGGAGAUCCCACAUCCCUUAUUGGCUGUCACGGCUACGAAUGCCAGGUGGAUGCCGAUUGUCCAAACAGCAAGGCCUGUAUGGGCUAUCGCUGCUAUGACCCCUGUCCAGGAGCCUGUGGUCAAGGAGCCCAUUGCCAGGUGGAAGAACACCACCCAGUUUGCUCUUGCAGUGCUGGACUUACUGGCAACCCAGGAGUUCGCUGCUAUGCUCUGGAUCAUCCUCAAAAGAAUCCAUGCGUUCCAAGCCCAUGUGGUAGGAAUACUGAGUGCAAGCUGUUGAAUAACCGUGCUGUCUGCUCCUGUAUCCCAGGUUACUUGGGUGAUCCUCAGUCGGGAUGCCAACCAGAGUGCGACAUCAACUCCGAUUGUGGUGAUAAUUUGUCGUGCAUUAAUCACAAGUGCGUGGAUCCCUGUGCUGGAGCAAUCUGCGGCAUCAAUGCGAUCUGCAAUGUGCGCCAACACACGCCAGUAUGUCUGUGCUUAGACGGAUUCGUUGGCGAUGCCUUCCUGCAGUGUGUGCCAAUUGGAAUACUGAAAAACGUUUCGCGUGAUCCAUGUGCGCCAUCGCCCUGUGGACCUCAUGAUGUUUGCUCGGUGUUUGGUGAUGGAGUAGCACUUUGUGAUCCCUGUUUCGGACCCAACGCCCAGCAGAAUCCCAGAUGCCGACCGGAGUGUGUGGCCAAUUCCGAUUGUCCGUUUGAUCGUGCCUGUUUAGGCCAGCGUUGUCUAGAUCCCUGCCCCGGAUCGUGUGGACGAAAUGCUAUCUGUAAUGUAUACGAACAUAACCCUGUCUGCGCUUGUCCGACGGGACUCUUUGGAAAUCCCUAUGAACAGUGUACCACGCAGUCAGUAAUUGAGCCACCACCUCAACCAAGUUGCGCCAAGCUCCAUUGCGGAGCCAAUGCUGAGUGCAAGCGUCAACACAGCGGUCUGGCUUGCGUCUGCCGUAAGGGUUACUUCGGGGAUCCACAUAUUGGUUGCCGGCCACAGUGCGUUCUCAACAGUGAUUGUCCUGCUGAGAAGGCCUGUCUGAAUUCCAAGUGUGUGGAGGCUUGUGCCGGUGUAUGUGGUAUUAAUGCCGUAUGUCGUGUAGUUAACCAUGCGCCAGUUUGCAUUUGUGCCGAGGGAUACAGUGGAGAUGCCUCCAUUGCCUGUAAUCCAUUCUACCUACCACCUCCAGUGCGGCCAAAUCCAUGUGAGCCGUCCCCAUGUGGACCGAACUCAAGGUGCAAGACCACCUCUGAUGGUUAUGCAGCUUGUUCCUGCCUACCGAACUUCAAAGGAGCUCCCCCAGUCUGCCAGCCGGAAUGUGUGGUUAGCUCGGAGUGUGCACCAAAUCAAGCCUGUCUGAAUCACAGGUGUGCUGAUCCCUGUCCUGGUAUCUGUGGUGGUGGAGCCCGCUGUGAAGUGCUUAACCACAAUCCGAUCUGCUCUUGUGAGGCGAAUUUCGAAGGCGAUCCAUUCGUUGCUUGCUCGCCCAUUCCAGAUCCAGGUCGCGACAUCGCUGUGCCAAAGAACCCAUGCGUGCCAUCACCUUGCGGUCCCAACUCCAUAUGCCAGAUCAAACAAAACCGGCCAGUCUGCUCCUGUGUGGCCAACUACAUUGGUAGCCCACCGUAUUGCCGCCCGGAGUGCACGUUGAGCAGCGAAUGUCCGUCGGACAAGGCCUGUAUCCAGGAGAAGUGCCAGAAUCCAUGUGCCAACAUCUGUGGUCACAAUGCCCGUUGUACGGUCAUAGCACACUCCGCCCACUGCAGCUGUGACGAGGAUUACGAGGGUGAUGCAUUCAUCGGCUGCUCUAAAAAAGUCGUAGAAGUACCGGAAGACCACAUCGAUCCAUGUUAUCCCAAUCCGUGUGCCGAGAAUGCUGUGUGCACUCCUCACAAUAAUGCUGCUCGCUGUUCCUGCAUUGAGCCCUAUAAUGGUGAUCCGUACAGUACAGGAUGUCGUCCGGAAUGUAUAUACAGCUCCGAAUGUCCAUCAUCACUGGCCUGCAUCAAACAGCAUUGUCGCGAUCCUUGCACGGCUGCUUGCGGAGCCAAUGCCGAGUGCUCCGUGGUGAACCACUUGCCCUCGUGCAGUUGCACCCGAGGAUUCGAAGGUAAUCCGUUUGAGGGAUGCAAGCGUGUGGCAAUUAUAAGCGUGAGCGUGUGUGAGCCAAAUCCCUGUGGACCUAAUAGUAUCUGUCGCACCGUCGAGGGACAUCCCACGUGCAGCUGCCAAGUUGGUUACUUCGGAGCUCCGCCUUCGUGCCGACCCGAAUGUGUGGUUAGCUCAGAGUGUGCUCAGAAUUUGGCUUGCAUCAACCAAAAGUGUGUCGAUCCAUGUACGGAAACUUGCGGAUUUAAUGCCAAGUGCCAAGUGAACAACCACAAUCCCAUCUGCUCAUGUCCAGUCAACUACGUUGGUAAUCCAUUCGAGCAAUGUGUGCCUAAAUCUCCGGAACCGACACGAAACGUGGAUCCCUGCCUGCCCAGUCCAUGUGGUUCCAAUUCCGUUUGUCGAAAUGUUAACAAUAGAGCUGAGUGCUCUUGUGCACCAGGAAUGUUUGGUGCGCCACCAAAUUGCCGACCGGAGUGUGUGAUUAACCAGGAUUGUCCAUCGAAUCGUGCUUGUAUACGCCAGCGAUGCGAAGAUCCCUGUAUUGGAAUUUGUGGGUUCAAUGCUGUGUGCUCCACUCAGCACCAUAAGCCCAAAUGCAGUUGCAUUGAGAGCUUCGAAGGUGAUCCGUACACCGCUUGCAGAAUGAGAGAAAUCGUGGUGCCAGAUCCACCCUCCGAUCCAUGCUACCCAUCGCCAUGUGGUGCGAAUGCCAUUUGUCGCGUGCGCAAUGGAGCCGGCUCCUGCACUUGCAUCCAGAACUAUUUCGGUGAUCCCUACAUCAACUGCCGUCCGGAGUGCGUGCAGAAUAGCGAUUGUCCCGGCAACCGUGCCUGUAUAAAUAUGAAAUGCCGCGAUCCGUGCGCCAAUGCCUGCGGUUUCAAUGCAAUCUGUCGGGUGGCUCACCAUCAGCCCGUUUGUAGUUGUGAACCAGAUUUCACCGGCAAUCCGCUACGAGCAUGCGUCAAGAGACCUUCAAAUAUGUACCUGCCCCUGCCAAAAGACCCUUGUAGACCCUCUCCUUGUGGCUUAUUCAGUACUUGUCAUGUGGUUGGAGAUCGUCCCGUAUGUGCCUGCUUGCCAGAUUACAUGGGCGCUCCACCCAACUGCAGACCUGAGUGCAUGACCAGUGCCGAGUGUCCCUCGGAUAGGGCCUGCAUAAACCAACGCUGCAAAGAUCCUUGUCCAGGAACAUGUGGUUACAAUGCCCGCUGUCGGUGCACUAAUCACUCGCCAAUCUGCAGUUGUUACGAUGGGUACACUGGUGAUCCGUUCCACCAGUGCGUGCCUGAAAGAAAACCACCACCGCCAAUAACCGAUCCCAUUGUUCCGCCUAAUCCGUGUGUGCCGUCACCUUGUGGACCCAACUCUCAAUGUCAGGUAUCGAGCAGCGGAGCAGUCUGCUCCUGCGUGACUAAUUACAUAGGACGUCCACCUGGUUGUCGACCAGAGUGCAGCAUUAAUUCCGAAUGCCCGGCUAGAAUGGCCUGUAUUAAUGCUCGAUGUGCAGAUCCAUGCAUCGGAUCAUGUGGAAAUAACGCACUUUGCCAUGUCAGCCUGCAUGCCCCGGUUUGCAUGUGCGCACCAGGUUUCUCUGGUGAUCCAUUCUCCGGUUGCUACAAGAUCAUAGAAACCCCCAUUGAGGUGAUCCAACCCUGUCGUCCCAGUCCUUGCGGAUUGAAUGCUCUUUGCGAGGAGCGGAAUCAAGCUGCUGCCUGCAAGUGUUUGCCGGAAUACUUUGGCGAUCCGUAUGUAGAGUGUCGCCCCGAGUGCGUCAUCAACUCGGAUUGUCCCAGGUCUCGUGCCUGCGUCAACCAGAAGUGCGUGGAUCCUUGUCCAGGAAUGUGCGGUCACAAUGCACUAUGCGCCGUCUUUAACCACGCCCCUAACUGCGAGUGCCUACCAGGCUACACGGGCAACCCCAUCGUUGGUUGCCACCUCGUCCCUGAAACUCCGCGCUAUCCUGACCCCAUAGUGCCAGAAAACCCUUGCCAGCCCUCGCCCUGCGGUCUGUACAGUAACUGUCGUCCUGUCAAUGGACAUGCAGUGUGCUCCUGUGUGCCCAACUACAUUGGUUCCCCUCCUAACUGCCGGCCCGAGUGCAUGAGCAGCUCGGAGUGCGCGCAGGAUAAGUCGUGCCUCAACGAACGCUGCAAGGAUCCCUGUCCAGGCACCUGCGGCAACAAUGCUCUUUGCCGCGUAGUUAACCACAACCCCAUCUGUUCCUGCAGCCCCGGCUUCAGUGGUGAUCCCUUCGUGCGCUGCUUCCCACAAGAGAAGCGGCCACCUAUCACCGAGGAUCACAUUGAUCCGUGUGUACCCUCGCCAUGUGGGCCCAACUCUCAGUGCCGGGUGUCGGCUGCCAAUGAGCAGGCUGUUUGCUCAUGCUUGCAGCAUUAUGUGGGUAGGGCGCCAAAUUGCCGGCCGGAGUGCACCUCGGACUCCGAGUGUCCCGGCAAUUCGGCCUGCAUAAAUCUGCGCUGCCGGGAUCCGUGUGUGGGUACCUGCGGCAUCCAGACCACUUGCCUUGUAAAUAAUCAUAGACCCAUUUGCCGCUGUAUUGACGGCUAUACAGGGGACCCAUUCUCAGAGUGUAGUCCGAAGAUUGUUGUUCCGCCAGAGGUGGCACAACCUUGCAACCCGAGUCCCUGCGGUGCCAAUGCAGUGUGUAAGGAGCGUAAUGGAGUUGGCUCCUGCUCUUGCUUGCCGGAGUAUAAUGGAGACCCGUACACGGAAUGCCGCCCGGAGUGCGUGCUGAAUAGUGACUGCUCGAAGAACCGUGCCUGCCUGAACAACAAGUGCCGCGAUCCCUGUCCGGGCGUCUGUGGCGUCUCCGCCGAGUGUCAUGUGAUUAAUCACGCCCCAAGCUGCAGUUGUCCAAACGGAUUUACGGGCAAUCCCUCGCAAUACUGUCGGGAGAUACCAAAAUUACCCGCACCCGUUGAACCGUGUCGUCCUUCGCCUUGUGGUCCCUAUAGUCAGUGCCGUGAGGUGAACGGACAUGCGGUCUGCUCCUGCGUCACCAAUUAUAUUGGCACUCCGCCAGCCUGUCGUCCAGAGUGCUCGGUUAGCUCCGAAUGUGCACAGGACAGGGCGUGUGUGAACCUACGCUGUGUAGACCCUUGUCCUGGCACCUGUGGCAAUGAGGCCAUCUGUAAGGUGACCAACCACAAUCCUAUCUGCUCCUGCCCAGCCGGCUAUAGCGGUGAUCCCUUCGUGCGCUGUGCACCAUGGCAGGAUAUACCUGAUCAGCCGAAAUCCAAUGAGAAUCCCUGCGUGCCCAGUCCAUGCGGACGCAAUUCUCAAUGCCGUGUCGUGGGUGAGACGGGUGUGUGCUCAUGCCUGCCCAAUUUCGUGGGCAGGGCGCCCAAUUGUAGGCCAGAGUGCACAAUAAACACCGAAUGUCCUGCCACAUUGGCCUGUAUUAAUGAGCGCUGUCAGGACCCCUGUCCAGGAUCAUGUGGCUUCAAUGCCUACUGCAAUGUGGUGAAUCAUUCGCCCGUUUGCUCCUGCGACAAUGGCUUUAUUGGUGAUCCUUUCGCCGGUUGUAAUCCACAACCUCCAACCGUACCCGAUGAGCAUCUGACUCCCUGCCAACCAUCACCCUGUGGCCCCAAUGCCGAGUGCCGUGAGCGCAACGGAGCCGGCUCCUGUACUUGUUUGCCGGAAUAUUUCGGUGAUCCGUACAGUGGCUGUCGCCCGCAGUGUGUUGUGAACAGUGAUUGUUCGCGCGACAAGUCGUGUGUUAACCAGAAAUGUGUGGACCCAUGUCCAGGUGUUUGUGGCUUGAAUGCUCAAUGUCGUGUGUCCAAUCAUCUGCCCAGUUGCACUUGCAUAGCCGGAUACACCGGAAAUCCAUCGAGUGCUUGCCGUGAAAUUCCACAACUGCCCCCACCACCUGAACGGGAUGAGAACCCUUGUAGACCUUCUCCCUGCGGUCCCUACAGUCAAUGCCGUGAGGUUAACGGCCAUGCCGUGUGCUCCUGCCUUCAGGGCUUCAUCGGCUCAGCCCCCAACUGUCGGCCCGAGUGCAUCAUUAGCUCGGACUGCGCCCAAGAUCGCAACUGUCAAAAUCAGAAGUGUGUGGACCCGUGUCCGGGCACUUGUGGCAUCGAGGCCCGCUGCCAGGUCAUAAAUCACUAUCCCGCAUGCUCGUGUGCCCCAGGUUUUACCGGAGAUCCCUUCAACCGGUGCACUAAGAUAUUAUUGGAGCCCCCACCCACCGAUAAGUCUGGUAAUCCCUGCAUCCCCUCACCGUGCGGACCCAACUCGAAAUGCCUCGAUGUCCGCGGUUCGCCUGCAUGCUCCUGUUUGCCCGAAUACCUAGGACGUCCGCCAAACUGCCGGCCCGAGUGCCUCAGUAGUGCUGACUGUCCGGCGAAUCUAGCCUGUGUUAACCAGCGCUGCUCGAAUCCAUGCAUCGGCGCCUGUGGCCUGCACUCCGUGUGCACGGUCAUCAAACACCGACCAGCAUGCGAGUGUGUGCCUGGUUACACCGGAGAUCCCUUCUCCGGCUGUGCUAUCGUACAGCAAAUUACUCCGAAGGAUGAACCAAGAAACCCUUGCAAUCCUAGCCCUUGUGGAGCAAAUGCGAUUUGUAGGGAGCGCAAUGGAGCUGGCUCCUGCGCUUGCCUGCCAGAGUACUUUGGUGAUCCGUACAGCGGUUGCCGACCGGAAUGCGUCCAGAACGAUGACUGUGAUCGCUCACGUGCCUGCAUCAACAACAAGUGCCAGGAUCCAUGCCCUGGAGCGUGUGGCAUUAAUGCCGAGUGUAGGGUCUUGAAUCAUGGACCCAACUGCAACUGUUUCGAUGGCUAUACCGGAGAUCCACAUCGCUCUUGCUCGCCGAUCGAGGUGGUUACGUUGCGACCAGAGAACCCGUGCCAGCCUUCACCAUGCGGACCUUAUAGUCAGUGCUUGGACACCAACAGCCACGCGGUAUGCAGCUGCCUGGAGGGCUACAUCGGAGCUCCCCCAAGCUGCAAACCGGAGUGCGUUGUCAGUUCCGAGUGUCCUCAAAACAGGGCGUGCAUUAACCAGAAAUGCGAGGAUCCAUGCCGCGGAUCGUGCGGUAAUAAUGCUAAGUGUCAAGUGGUUAACCACAAUCCGAUUUGUACGUGCCAGGCGGGCAUGACAGGAGAUCCGAUCUCUGGUUGUGAACCCGCUCCUGAUAUCAGGAACGUAGACGAUCCAUGCGUGCCUUCGCCAUGUGGACCUAACUCCAAUUGCCGCAAAAUUGGCAACCAGGCAGCUUGUUCCUGCAAAACUAGCUUUAUUGGAAGACCUCCCACUUGCCGACCAGAAUGUACGAACAACGACGAGUGCCAAAAUCAUCUGUCUUGCCAGCAGGAACGCUGUGUUGAUCCAUGUCCCGGCUCGUGCGGUAGUAAUGCCGUAUGCCAGGUUGUCCAGCAUAACGCUGUAUGUUCCUGUGCCGAUGGAUACGAAGGAGAACCGCUCUUUGGCUGUCAGUUAAUACCAGCUGUUACGCCCACAGAAUCUCCAACAUCGCCUUGUGAACCGUCCCCUUGCGGUCCGCAUGCUGAGUGUCGGGAAAGGAAUGGAGCUGGAGCAUGUUACUGCCAUGAGGGCUUCGAGGGUAAUCCUUAUGAUGUCCAACGAGGAUGCCGAAGAGAAUGUGAGAACAACGAUGACUGCUCCGCUGUGCAAGCUUGCUCUCGGUACAAGUGCGUCGAUCCUUGCAACAAUAUCUGCGGUGACUACGCCAUUUGCACAGUUGACAAACAUGUGCCCACUUGUGACUGCCCGCCUGGAUACACUGGAGAUCCAUUCUUCAGCUGUAAGCCUGUGCCGGUUACUCCUCGUCCUCCGUUAAACCCAUGUAAUCCAUCGCCCUGCGGACCUAACAGCAACUGCCGUGCCAUGAACAACCAAGCGGUGUGCUCCUGCCAGGCUGGAUUCAUCAAUCAGCCGCCGAACUGCAAACCUGAGUGCGUGGUUAGUGCCGAAUGUGCUCCAGAAAGGGCCUGUGUGAACAAGAAGUGUGUGGAUCCCUGUCUACACACUUGCGGCAUCCGAGCCAUAUGCACCACCAAGAACCACAGCCCUAUCUGCACAUGUCCACGUACUAUGACUGGAGAUCCGUUUGUCGAGUGCACUAAAGUUGCCAUUACCAAUGACAAUACCACACCAUCACCGCCACCGGCAUCAUGUGUGCCUUCUCCUUGUGGACCAAACGCCAAGUGCCAGAUUGUGGGCAAUAGUCCAGCCUGCUCCUGCUUGCCUAACUUUAUCGGAGCACCACCUCGCUGUCGCCCAGAGUGCGUGUUGAACUCUGAAUGUGGACCCACGGAAGCGUGUAUCAACCAGAAAUGUGCCGAUCCUUGUUCUGGAUCAUGUGGAUUCGAGGCCAAGUGCCAUGUACUUAACCACCUGCCCAUUUGCAACUGUAUCGAGGGCUACGAGGGAGAUCCGUUCGUGCGGUGCACCAAGAAGGAAGAAGAAAGAACUCCACCACCUCCCAAUGAUCCAUGCAAUCCGAGCCCUUGCGGUCUAAAUGCCGAUUGCUUUGCCGGAGAGUGUCGCUGCCAGAAUAAUUACCAAGGAAAUGCCUAUGAGGGCUGCCGUCCAGAGUGCACACUUUCGGCGGAUUGCCCCAGGGAUAAGGCCUGUAUGCGCAACCGCUGUGUGGAUCCAUGCCCUGGAAUCUGCGGCAACAAUGCCAUGUGCGAGGUAAUGAACCACAUUCCGGUGUGCUCAUGCGUGCAAGGCUACGAGGGUGAUCCAUUUGUGAACUGCCGUGUGAAACCCAUCGUGGAGGAUCCCGUUGUUGAAGCUUGCUCUCCAUCGCCAUGCGGUUCAAACAGCCAGUGCCGAGAUGUCAACGGACAUGCGGUGUGCUCUUGCCUGGAAGGUUAUAUCGGAGCACCACCUCAGUGCCGACCCGAGUGUGUGGUCUCUAGCGAGUGUUCCGCUCUGCAAGCCUGUGUCAACAAGAAGUGCGUGGAUCCAUGCGCUGCUGCCUGUGGUUUGGAGGCUCGUUGUGAAGUCAUCAACCACAGUCCGAUCUGUGGCUGCCCACCGGGACGAACUGGUGAUCCGUUUAAGCAGUGCGUAGUCCUGCCUCCGAUACCCGUUCCGGAUGUUAAGACACCGCCUCAAGAUCCUUGUCUGCCCUCACCUUGUGGACCAAACUCAAUGUGCAAGCCCGAUAGGAAUGGACCAAUCUGCCAGUGUCUACCCGAGUUCUUUGGCUCGCCACCCAACUGCAGGCCCGAGUGCAUCAUCAAUCCGGACUGUCAAUCAACGCAGGCGUGCAUCAACAACAAGUGCACCAAUCCUUGCCCAGAAUCGUGUGGAACUAAUGCCGAGUGUCGUGUCAUCGGACACGCCGUGUCUUGCUCUUGUCCAGCUGGAUAUGCUGGCAAUGCAUUCGUUCAAUGUGUACCGCAGCAGGAAGAGCCGCCGAAGCCAUGCCAACCAUCGCCAUGUGGACCGAAUGCCGAAUGCAUUGAGCGUAAUGGAGCAGCUGCCUGCAAGUGUAUUGAUGAAUACCAAGGAAAUCCCUACGAGGGAUGUCGUCCGGAAUGCGUUCUGAGCUCAGAUUGUUCCACGGACAAGACGUGCAUCCGCAACAAGUGCCAGGAUCCUUGUCCUGGAAUUUGUGGAUUGAACGCCCAGUGCUAUGCUGUAAACCAUGUGCCAAACUGUGUCUGCAACGACGGCUAUACUGGAGAUCCAUUCGCCAGUUGUCGCCGAGUAGAGGUUUCAACUCCUCCACCAGUCGCUGAUCCCUGUAUUCCAUCUCCUUGUGGAGCCAACAGCAAAUGCAGGGUGGCCAACAAUUUGGCCGUGUGCUCCUGCUUGGAUACCUUCAUUGGAGCGCCACCAAACUGCAAACCAGAGUGCACUGUUAAUGCCGAGUGUCCUUCGACCAAGGCGUGUCACAAGUUCCGCUGCGCUAACCCUUGCGCUAAGACGUGCGGUCUGAAUGCCAAGUGUGAGGUGAUAAACCAUAAUCCGAUCUGCAGUUGUCCAUUGGACAUGACGGGCGAUCCAUUCUCUCGCUGCUAUCCAGCUCCUCCACCACCGCCGCCUGGACCUAAGGAUGAGCCUGUAAGAAGACCCUGCCAGCCCUCGCCUUGUGGAUUGAACUCCGAAUGUAGGGUGCGGGAUGACCAGGCCUCCUGUUCAUGCCUGCCAAACUUUAUUGGAGCUCCACCUAACUGUCGUCCCGAGUGCGUUGUAAACACAGAUUGUUCGCCAGACCGAGCUUGUAUUGCCGAAAAGUGCCGCGAUCCUUGUGAUGGAUCCUGCGGACUGGACUCGGAAUGUCGUGUCCAGAACCACUUAGCUAUCUGUACUUGUCGUGGAGGAUUCACCGGGGAUCCGUUCGUACGUUGCAUCGAGUUUAUCGAAGAGACCACAAAGUCACCACCACUCGAACAAGAUCCGUGCGAUUUGCAGCCAUGUGGAUCGAAUGCCCAGUGCAGAAAUGGAAUCUGUAGCUGUAUACCGGAAUACCAGGGAGAUCCAUACACUGGCUGUCGCCCAGAGUGUACUUUGAGUACGGACUGUCCACCUACUAAGGCCUGCUUGAACAAGAAAUGUGUGGAUCCCUGCCCUGGAGUUUGUGGUCAGAACUCACAGUGUGACGUUUCGAACCAUAUACCUAUUUGCAGUUGCCUGCAAGGUUACACAGGAGAUCCGUUUGUUCACUGCCGCCAAGAGACGCCAGUUCCAAAGGACCCAUGCCAACCAAACCCCUGUGGACCCAAUAGCUUGUGCCACAUUUCCGGCCAAGGACCAGUCUGUGCUUGUCAACCAGGAAUGCUGGGCUCACCGCCAGCUUGUAAGCCGGAAUGCAUUGUCAGUUCUGAGUGCUCGCUGCAUACUGCUUGUGUGAACAGAAAGUGCGUGGAUCCGUGCCCCGGAGCCUGCGGACAGUUUGCCCGCUGCCAAGUGAUCAACCACAACCCGUCAUGCUCUUGUAACACAGGCUAUACGGGUGAUCCGUUCACACGCUGCUACCAGGAAGAACGGAAACCGUUACCUACGCCGGAGUUCCCAUGUCAGCCAUCGCCUUGCGGACCUAAUUCCGAAUGCAAGGUGCUGAAUGGAAAUGCAGCGUGCUCUUGUGCAGCAACCUUCAUUGGAACGCCACCUAGCUGCAGACCUGAGUGCUCUAUAAAUCCGGAAUGUCCACCAACCAAGGCCUGUAUUCGCCAAAAGUGCUCCGAUCCGUGUGUUAAUGCGUGUGGAUUCAAUGCCCGUUGUAAUGUGGCCAAUCAUCAACCCAUCUGCACUUGCGAUGUGGGCUAUACUGGAGAUCCGUUCACUGGCUGUCAGAAGGAGCAAGAGCGCAUUGUCAAUGAACAGAUCACCCCCUGCGAACCCAAUCCUUGUGGCUCGAAUGCUGUUUGUCGCGAAAGAAAUGGCAUCGGUUCCUGCCAGUGCCUGCCCGAAUACUUUGGUGACCCAUAUCAGUCAUGUCGUCCAGAGUGCGUACGUCACUCAGACUGCGCCUCUAAUAAGGCGUGCCAGCAGCAGAAAUGUCGCGACCCCUGCCCAGGCACUUGCGGCAGCAAUGCGGACUGCAGUGUAACGAACCACCUGCCCACAUGCACAUGCCGCAUUGGAUUCACUGGUGACCCGUACCGCUACUGCCAUGUGGAACCACCCCAGCUCCCUGCUCGUGUGACUGAACCAACUCAACCCUGUCGCCCCUCGCCGUGUGGACCCAACUCCCAGUGUCGCGAACUCAACGGCCAAGCCGUCUGCUCCUGCCUUGAGCUCCAUAUCGGUCUGCCACCUAACUGCAGACCCGAGUGUGUGUUAAGUACCGAAUGUCCCAUCGAUAAGGCAUGUAUCAGUCAACGUUGUCAGGAUCCUUGCCCAGGCACUUGUGGCAUCAAUGCCGAGUGCCGGGUGCGUAAUCACAGCCCUCUGUGUCAGUGUCGUCAAGGUUUCACCGGUGAUUCCUUUACUCGAUGCUAUACCCUGCCACCCCCACCACCUGUAAUCGAACGUGUUGAACGUGAUCCUUGCCUGCCAUCACCGUGCGGUUUGAAUAGUCAGUGCCGGAAUGUCCAGGGUGUGCCAUCCUGUUCCUGUCUGCCAGAAUUCUUGGGGGUACCACCGAACUGUCGACCCGAGUGCACAAUCAGUGCCGAGUGUCCCUCUAAUCUGGCUUGCAUAAGAGAGAAGUGUAUAGAUCCCUGCCCCGGUUCCUGUGGCUAUGCAGCCGAGUGUAAUGUGGUAAACCACACACCCAUUUGCGUGUGUCCAGCUGGCUUUACGGGUGACCCAUUCAGUAGCUGUCGUCUAGCGCCUCCGCCGGAGCCAGUGCAAAACGAAUAUGUGGAUCCCUGCAAUCCAUCACCAUGUGGCCCCAAUGCCCAGUGCAACGCUGGAGUCUGCACUUGUUUGUCUGAAUUCCAUGGUGAUCCCUACUCUGGAUGCCGACCCGAGUGCGUUCUUAGUUCCGACUGUCCCCGGGACAAGGCUUGCCAGCGCAGCAAAUGCGUGAACCCCUGUCCGGGAACUUGUGGCGAGAAUGCCAUUUGCGAUGUCAUUAAUCACAUACCCAUGUGCAGAUGCCCCGAACGCACUGCUGGCAGCGCGUUCAUUCGCUGUUCUCCUGUGCAGAUUCUAGUAUCUAAUCCCUGCCUACCGUCACCGUGUGGUCCCAACUCUCAGUGCCGCGAGGUCAAUCAGCAAGCGGUUUGCUCCUGCCUGCCUAGCUUUAUUGGAGCUCCACCAUCCUGCCGACCCGAAUGCACUUCGAACGCGGAGUGUGCACCCACUCAAUCAUGCCUUAAUCAACGGUGUGGAGAUCCCUGCCCCGGUACAUGUGGAGUCGGUGCAAAUUGUGCUGUUGUCAGCCAUAGUCCCUUCUGCACGUGUCCUGAGAGGUUUACGGGUAAUCCAUUUAUUCGUUGUCAGCCCCAGAUUGAACCUGUUCGUGAUGUUACUCCCGUCGAUCCAUGUCGUCCAUCUCCUUGUGGACCUUACUCCCAGUGCCGCCCAGUAGGUGAGGCUCCUGCCUGUUCCUGUCUGGAAACCUAUAUCGGACGUCCUCCAAACUGCCGACCCGAGUGUGUGACCAGCUCUGACUGCGCCAGUCAACUGGCAUGUGUCAACCAGAAGUGCGUCGAUCCAUGUCCAGGACGCUGUGGUGUAAAUGCCGAAUGCCAUGUGGUCAGUCAUGCUGUGCAAUGCAUCUGCCAGCAGGGCUUUAGCGGAGAUCCGUUUGUGCAGUGCAGACCAGAAAUCGCGUAUGAAAACGAAAUCCGCACUCCAUGCAGCCCAAGUCCGUGUGGACCGAAUGCCGUAUGCCGCGAUCGCAACGGAGUUGGAUCCUGCCAGUGUUUGCCAGACUAUUUUGGAGAUCCCUAUGGGGGCUGUCGCCCGGAGUGCAUGCUUGAUUCGGACUGUCCGUCAAACAGGGCUUGUCAACAACUGAGAUGCCAGGAUCCGUGUCCAGGAACUUGUGGUCUUAAUGCCAACUGCCAAGUGGUAAACCAUUUGCCAACCUGUAGUUGUCUAACCGGAUAUGUCGGUGACCCAUACCGUCAAUGUAAUCGACAGCCUGAACCACCUCAAAACGAAUAUGUGAAUCCUUGUCAGCCCAACCCAUGUGGUCCCAACUCACAAUGUCGUGUUUCAAAUGAGCAAGCGGUUUGCUCGUGUCUGCCCCAGUUUGUGGGAACACCACCAUCCUGCCGACCCGAGUGCACCAUCUCUUCAGAGUGUCCAGUAGAUAGGGCGUGUGUCAAUCAGAAGUGCGUGGAUCCCUGUGCCGCGGAUAAUUGCGGUAAUAGUGCUAUAUGCAGGGUGCGCAAUCACAGCCCCAUAUGCAGCUGUAUCAGCGGUUUUACAGGCGACGCUUUUACUCGUUGCUUCCCCAUUCCACCACCGAUUAUUGAGACCAAGGACGAACCUCUGAGGGAUCCCUGUAUACCAACACCCUGUGGCCCUAAUUCCGAGUGCCGUGAUAUCAAUGGUUUGCCUGCCUGUUCUUGUCUUGCAAACUAUAUUGGUCAGGCUCCCAACUGUCGUCCAGAGUGCACAAUAAACUCGGAAUGUCCGAGUCAGCUGGCGUGUAUUAACCAAAAGUGUCGCGAUCCAUGCCCAGGAGCCUGCGGACAAAAUGCUGUUUGCAGUGUCAUCAAUCAUACACCACUCUGCGCCUGCAUCGAUGGUUACAUAGGAAAUCCAUUUACCAACUGCAACCCCAAACCUCCACAAAUCACAACACCACCAGUUGCCGACGAUCCUUGCAACCCAUCGCCCUGCGGAGCUAAUGCUCUUUGUCGAAAUGGCCAAUGCACUUGUAUACCCGAAUAUCAGGGAGAUCCUUAUGUCUCCUGCCGACCGGAGUGCGUACUGAAUACAGAUUGCCCAAGAGAUCGGGCCUGUGCUCGCAACAAGUGUAUCGAUCCCUGCCCUGGAACUUGUGGGGUUAACGCCUUGUGCGAGGUUACCAACCAUAUUCCCAUUUGUCGCUGCCCAGAACAAAUGUCCGGCAAUGCAUUCUUUGAAUGUCGCCCUGUGCCGCCUGCUAAGAUUCAAGAUCCUUGCCAGCCAUCGCCUUGCGGUCCAAACAGUCAGUGCCGGGUGGUACAACAGACCGCUGUAUGCUCCUGUUUGGCUAACUAUGUGGGCAGUCCGCCGCAGUGUCGACCGGAGUGUGUAACAAACUCAGACUGUCCUGCCGAUCAAGAUUGCCAGAAUAUGAAGUGUCGCGAUCCCUGUCCUGGCACGUGUGGCUUCAAUGCCCUAUGCAACGUGGUUAACCACCGUCCCUUCUGCACCUGCCCCAAUCGCAUGACCGGAAAUCCAUUCGUGAGCUGUCAGCAGCUAAUAAUACGCGAUGAAAGACCACAGAAUCCUUGCCAGCCUUCACCAUGUGGUCCUAACUCUGAAUGUCGCGUAUCAGGUGAAUCGCCAUCCUGUUCAUGCCUACCCGAAUUCAUAGGAGCUCCGCCAAACUGCCGACCGGAGUGCAUAUCAAACUCUGAAUGUCCCACAAACCAAGCCUGUAUUAAUAGGAAAUGCGUGGAUCCCUGUCCAGGAUUGUGUGGUCAAAAUGCCAAUUGCCGAGUGUUCAGUCAUAGUGCCAUGUGCUUGUGUGACAGUGGUUUUACCGGAGAUCCGUUUAGUCAGUGCAGUCCAAUUAGAGAUACUCCUCCUGAAGUUCUGCAGCCCUGCAACCCUAGUCCUUGCGGCGUGAAUGCCAAAUGCGAGGAGCGUGGUGGUGCAGGAUCUUGCCAGUGUCUACCUGACUACUUUGGAAAUCCCUAUGAUGGCUGUCGUCCCGAAUGCGUUCUGAACUCUGACUGCCCCUCGAAUUUGGCAUGCGUGAACCAGAAAUGUCGCGAUCCCUGUCCCGGCACUUGUGGCCAAAGCGCCGAGUGCCAGGUGGUUAAUCACUUGGCCACUUGCAAUUGCUUGGUUGGUUAUACAGGAGAUCCGUAUAGCUUGUGUCGUAUUAUAGCCAAUGAGCCACCCGAACGCGUUUAUGUGAAUCCUUGCCAGCCGUCUCCUUGUGGUCCAAACUCGCAAUGCCGUGAAGUCAACGAACAAGGUGUUUGUUCCUGCUUGCCAGAGUUCAUUGGCAGUCCACCCGCCUGUCGACCUGAAUGUACCAGUAGCUCGGAGUGCGCCGCUGACAAAGCUUGCGUGAACCGCAAAUGUGUGGAUCCUUGUCCAAAUGUUUGUGGUCAGCAGGCCGAGUGUCGCGUGCGUAACCAUAAUCCUAUUUGCACCUGUCUCAGUGGGUUCACCGGUGAUCCAUUUACCCGAUGUUACCGUCAGCCGCCUCCCCCACCAGUUAUUGAGCGUGAACCCCUUGAUCCUUGUGUUCCUUCACCUUGCGGUGCAAAUUCUCAGUGUCGCGAGAUUCACGGCACACCGUCGUGUUCUUGCCUUCCUCAAUAUUUGGGUACUCCACCCAAUUGCCGUCCAGAGUGUUCCAUCAAUGCCGAGUGUUCUAGUCAUCAGGCCUGCAUUAAUCAGAAGUGCCGCGAUCCCUGUCCCGGUUCUUGUGGCCUCAACACUCAGUGCAAUGUGAUAAACCACACGCCCAUCUGCAGUUGUUUGGCCGGUUACAUCGGUGAUCCAUUUAGCGUUUGCAAUCCUCAGCCCAUACCCGAGAAAAUUCGGGAUCCACUUCCACCCGAGGAUCUGUGCAAUCCAUCGCCUUGUGGCUCUAACACCCAAUGCAACAAUGGAGUUUGCUCUUGUUUGCCCGAAUACCAUGGUGAUCCGUACACCGGUUGCCGCCCUGAGUGCGUCCUGCACACAGAUUGUGACCGCAGUCGAGCUUGUGUUCGACAUAAGUGUGUUGAUCCCUGUCCUGGUGUUUGUGGCACCAACGCGAUCUGUGAGGUUAUAAACCAUAUACCCAACUGCCGUUGCUUGGAGAGAAUGCAAGGCAAUGCCUUUAUCCAAUGCAGCCCAAUUCCACAGAUCGACGUUGUGCAGAACCCUUGCCAACCGUCGCCCUGCGGACCCAAUUCUCAGUGUCGCGUUAUCAACCAGCAGGCCAUCUGCUCCUGCAUCACGGAUUUCGUAGGAAGCCCGCCAUUCUGCCGACCAGAAUGCACCAUCAACUCGGAGUGCCCCCUGAACUUGGCCUGUCGCAAUCAGAAGUGCGUGGAUCCCUGUCCUGGCGUUUGUGGACGCGGUGCCCAGUGCCAUGUUACGAAUCACAGUCCAUUCUGUCGCUGCUUGGAACGCUACACGGGUAAUCCGUUCGUGAGUUGUCAGCAAAUCAUUGAGCCACCAGUUCCACCGCCAAGGCAAACUUGCCUGCCAUCACCCUGCGGUCCAUACUCUCAGUGCCGUGAAGUAAACGAGUCGCCAUCCUGUACUUGUCUGGCAGACUAUAUUGGAGUUCCACCAAAUUGCCGACCGGAGUGCGUGACCAGUUCAGAGUGUCCCACUAAUCAGGCCUGCAUUCAACAGAAGUGUAGAGAUCCCUGUCCCGGAUUGUGUGGACAAUCUGCGGAAUGUCGAGUGCUUUCGCACACGCCAAGCUGCGUUUGUCCAGAGGGAAUGGAAGGUGAUCCGUUUACUCUAUGUACGGAGAAGAGAAUUCAGGAGCGAGACCAGUUAGACCCUUGCAAUCCCAGUCCUUGUGGAAUUAAUGCCCGUUGUACCUCACGCCAAGAUGCCGGUUCAUGCCAGUGCUUGCCGGAAUACUUUGGAAAUCCCUAUGAGGGAUGCCGCCCUGAGUGUGUUCUAAAUUCAGACUGUUCUUCAAACAAGGCCUGCCAGCAGCAGAAGUGUCAGGAUCCCUGUCCAGGAACUUGCGGUCAGAAUGCCCUUUGCAAUGUCCUGAACCAUGUACCCACUUGUAACUGCAUAACAGGAUACUCCGGUGACCCGUACCGCUCGUGCGUCCCAGAACCCGUCAAAGAAUACGUCAAUCCUUGCCAGCCUUCACCGUGUGGCCCCAAUUCACAGUGCCGCGAGGUCAAUGAACAAGCUAUAUGUUCGUGUAUGCCGGAAUAUGUGGGUGCCCCGCCUGUAUGCCGACCCGAGUGUACGAUAUCGUCAGAGUGUCCGGCCGACAAAGCCUGUGUUAACCAGAAAUGUGUAGAUCCUUGUCCAAAUACUUGCGGAGAACAAGCCAUCUGCCGGGUGGUGAAUCACAGUCCAAUUUGCUCUUGUCGUGCCGGUUAUACGGGCGAUGCCUUCUUCCGCUGCUUCCCCAAACCUCCGGUACCACCAACGCCAGUACAAAAGACCCCGGUUGAUCCCUGUGUGCCUUCUCCUUGCGGACCUUACUCUCAGUGCCGUUCCCAAGGAGAUGCUCCCGCCUGUUCCUGUUUUAUAGGAUAUUCCGGAGUUCCUCCCAAUUGCCGACCCGAAUGCCGCAUCAACGCCGAGUGUCCCAGCAGCCAAGCUUGUAUCAAUGAGAAGUGUAGAGAUCCCUGUCCCGGGUCAUGCGGCUAUGGAGCCAUUUGUAAUGUGAUUAAUCAUACGCCUAGUUGCACAUGUCCAAUAGGAUACUCCGGUGAUCCAUUUAGUCAAUGUCAGCCCCUUCCACCAUCGCCACCAACACCCGUUAAACUUGACGACCCUUGUAACCCCUCACCUUGCGGUCCAAAUGCCCAGUGUAAUAGUGGAGUUUGUACGUGUAUUCCGGAAUACCAUGGUGAUCCGUACAGAGGUUGCAGACCCGAGUGCAUCACCAGUGCUGAUUGCUCACGUGAACUCGCUUGUUCGAGGCAUAAAUGCUUCGAUCCUUGCCCGGGAACCUGUGCCCCUAAUGCUAUUUGUACUGUACUUAACCACGUACCUAUGUGCACGUGCCCGGAUGGUUAUAACGGCAAUGCUUUCAUUCAGUGCCAACCUACACCACCACCUGUCCUUGUCCAGCCAUGCCAACCCUCUCCGUGCGGACCCAACUCUCAAUGCCGUGAGGUCAACCAGCAGGCUGUAUGCUCUUGUGUGCCAGGAUAUUUUGGAACCCCGCCACUCUGCCGUCCGGAAUGUACAUCAAAUUCUGAAUGUUUGUCGCGUCAGGCUUGUGUAAACCAAAAGUGCACCGAUCCUUGUCCCGGGUCUUGUGGCCGUAAUGCUCAGUGCAGUGUAGUUAAUCACAAUCCGUUCUGUACCUGUCUGCCAAGGUUUACUGGCAAUCCAUUCGUGGGAUGCCAACAGAUUGUAGAGCCACCACGUCAAUUUAUAGUGCCUCAGGAUCCGUGCCGUCCAUCGCCUUGUGGCCCCAACUCUGAAUGUCGCGCUGUUGGUGAGACACCAACUUGUACGUGCCUUGCUGAAUUCGUUGGCUCCCCACCAUAUUGCAAACCCGAAUGUGUGUCCAAUUCUGAAUGUCCUUCAAACUUGGCUUGUAUAAAUCAAAAGUGUCGCGAUCCUUGCCCUGGAUUGUGUGGAUUGAGUGCCACUUGCCGCGUUGUCUCCCACACAGCAAUGUGCAUUUGCGAUGUUGGAUUGACCGGAGAUCCCUUCACCCAAUGCCAGCCUAUUGAACAGGAUGUGGAGAUUAUUAAUCCGUGCCAGCCCUCGCCCUGUGGCGCUAAUGCCGAGUGCAUUCAACGAAAUGGAGCCGGAGCCUGCCAGUGUCUAACGGACUACUUUGGAAACCCCUAUGAGGGUUGUCGACCGGAAUGUGUUCUGAACUCAGACUGCCCAUCGAACAGAGCUUGUCAACAACAGAAGUGCCGCGAUCCCUGCCCCGGAAGCUGUGGACAAAAUGCUGAAUGCAAUGUGGUCAACCACACGCCCAUGUGUAACUGCUUCGCUGGAUAUAUUGGCGAUCCUUAUCGCUAUUGUAGCCAACCACCAGAACCUGUUGUCCAUGAGUAUGUGAACCCCUGUCAACCGUCCCCCUGUGGCCCGAACUCCAAUUGUCGCGAGGUUAAUGAACAGGCAGUGUGCUCCUGCCGCCCUGAAUUUCAGGGAGGCCCGCCCAACUGCCGACCCCAAUGCACCUCAAGUUCAGAGUGCACCCCUAACAGGGCGUGCAUCAACCAAAAGUGCGUUGAUCCCUGCCCAGGUGUUUGUGGUCAGCAGGCAAUCUGCGAGGUGCGCAACCAUAGUCCAAUUUGUAGGUGCCCCACCAGCAUGAUCGGUGAUCCCUUCGUGCGCUGUUUGCCCCGACCAAUACUUUCACCACCGCCCUUGAGGGAUGUAGCUCCCUACCGCGAUCCCUGCCUACCUUCACCCUGUGGCCUGUACUCGUCGUGCAGGAGUCAACAGAAUCAGGCCGUUUGUUCUUGCUUGCCCAACUACUUGGGCACUCCGCCGCAUUGUCGUCCCGAGUGUACCAUCAAUGCAGAGUGUCCAAGUCACUUGGCCUGCAUUGGCGAGCGCUGCCGAGAUCCUUGUCCUGGUGCCUGCGGUCAGCAGACCGAGUGCCGAGUCAUCAGCCAUGUUCCUAGUUGUGUUUGCCUGCGGGGCUAUGUGGGUGAUGCGUUCCUGGCAUGUCACCCUGCACCACCCCCACCAGCCCGUGAAGAACCCCGCGAUCCAUGCAAUCCCAGUCCAUGCGGUAGCAACGCUAUCUGCUUGAAUCAGGGCGAGUGUACAUGUCUUGCUGAAUAUCAGGGCGAUCCCUAUGUGGCCUGCAGACCUGAGUGCAUUCUCAGUUCGGAGUGUCCUCGAAAUUUGGCCUGUAUUCAGCAGAAGUGCACUGAUCCUUGUCCCGGAACUUGUGGCAUAAAUGCCUUAUGCAAUGUAGUUAACCACAUCGCCAUGUGCCAUUGUCCCGAAAGGAUGACGGGCAAUGCAUUCGUCCAAUGUACUCCAGUGCAACUGGAUGUAUACCGUAACCCUUGUAAUCCUUCGCCAUGCGGCUCCUAUGCUGAAUGUCGAGAGCAGAACGGACAGGCGGUAUACAGUUGUCUUCCCAACUACUUUGGGGUACCUCCUUCUUGUCGACCCGAGUGUAGCACCAACUACGAUUGUUCCCCAAGUUUGGCAUGUCAGAAUCAGCGGUGCGUCGAUCCUUGCCCUGGAGCGUGUGGGGCUUAUGCCGAUUGCCGCACUGUCAGCCACAGUCCCUUCUGUAGUUGCAGACCUGGCUAUACGGGAAAUCCCAUUGUUCAAUGUCAUGUGAUUAGUAAGUUUAAAAUGAAUAUCACUAGAAAAGAACAUAAUCCGAAUGAUCCGCCUUUAGUUGAGCCCCAGAGAGAUAUUACGACCCAAGAUCCUUGCCAGCCGUCACCCUGUGGACCAAACAGCGAAUGCCGUCGAGUGGGAGACACUCCCUCCUGCUCUUGCCUGACCAACUUCUUUGGUACACCGCCAAACUGCCGACCUGAAUGCGUUUCCAACUCCGAGUGCAGCCAGUUGCAGGUGUGCACAAACAAUCGAUGCAGGGAUCCCUGUCCAGGUCUCUGCGGCACUGAUGCCGUAUGUCGAGUGAUCAGUCACAGUGCCAUGUGCUACUGCCAACCGGGUUACAGCGGUGAUCCAUUCGUCCGAUGUAUACCACACAUCCAAAGAGAACCUGUUGAAAUAGUUCAGCCCUGCAACCCGAAUCCCUGUGGCACUUUUGCCGAGUGUCGUCAGCACAAUUCAAUUGGUUCCUGUCAGUGCCUGCCCGAGUAUUUCGGCAAUCCUUACGAAGGUUGUCGCCCUGAGUGCGUGCUUGACUCCGAUUGUCCAUCUCAGCUGGCCUGCGUCAAUCAGAAAUGCCGCGAUCCUUGCCCCGGAAGUUGCGGCCAAAAUGCCGAGUGCUAUGUGCGUAAUCACCUGCCCACUUGCAACUGCCUUAGCGGCUAUGUAGGUGACCCCUAUCGGUAUUGCAACAUCGAACCGAAACCCAUUCGAGAAUAUGUCAACCCCUGUCAACCCUCUCCUUGUGGGCCCAACUCACAGUGUCGCGAACAGAACGGAGUGGCUACUUGCUCAUGUCUUCCGGAGUAUGUAGGCACUCCGCCAGGCUGCCGACCAGAGUGUACGGUCUCCUCGGAGUGCAAUCUUGACAAGGCCUGCGUUCGUCACAAGUGUAUUGAUCCUUGCCCUGGCGCUUGCGGUAGUUCUGCCAAUUGCCAGGUGGUUAACCAUGCUCCACUUUGCUCUUGCCAAGUAGGCUAUACGGGAGAUCCGUUUACCCGUUGUCACCCUAUUCCCCCUCCACCUACACACAUUCUCCAAGAUACUGUGCGCGAUCCUUGUCAACCGUCUCCCUGUGGAGCUAAUGCCCAAUGUAGGCAGUCCCAGGGUCAAGCCAUUUGCUCCUGUUUACCCAACUACUUUGGUGUUCCGCCUAACUGUCGACCCGAGUGCACUCAAAGUUCAGAGUGUCUGCCCAGUCUAGCCUGCAUCAAUCAACGAUGCGCAGAUCCCUGUCCUGGCUCCUGUGCCUACAACGCCAUUUGUCACGUGCGUAACCACGUACCCAGUUGUCAGUGCCCUGUUGGCUAUGUGGGUGAUCCGUUCACCAACUGUCAUCCCGAACCUCCGCCACCACCAAAACCCAUUGCUCUCGACGAUCCGUGCAAUCCUUCCCCUUGUGGAGCAAAUGCCCUUUGCCUCAAUGGUCAAUGUUCAUGUAUAUCCGAGUAUCAAGGAGAUCCUUAUACUGGCUGCCGACCGGAGUGUGUGUUAAAUGCGGAUUGCGCGCGAAACCGUGCUUGCGUUCGUCAUAAGUGUGUGGAUCCUUGUCCCGGAACUUGUGCUCCAAAUGCCAUCUGCGAUGUGAUUAACCAUAUUGCCAUGUGCCGAUGCCCUGAGGGCAUGAUAGGCAAUGCUUUCAUCCAGUGCGAAACCCCUAAAGUUUCUCUGGCGCCUCCGGAUCCAUGCUUCCCCUCGCCUUGCGGUCCUAAUAGUCGCUGCCGUGUAUUUAACAACAACGCUGUAUGUUCAUGCAUUGAGGAUUUCGUUGGAACACCACCAAAUUGUCGACCGGAGUGUACACAUAACUCGGAUUGCCUGCCUAGACUGGCUUGCCAGAGGCAGCAUUGCAUGGAUCCGUGUCCAGGAACGUGUGGCUUUAAUGCUCUUUGCCACGUGGUGAACCAUGCACCGAUUUGCACUUGCCCACCCAGGCACAAUGGAAAUCCAUUCCUGGGCUGCUUCCCAGAACCUGUGCGCCGUGAUGAAAUUCUUCCGAAGCAUCCCUGCCAGCCUUCGCCAUGUGGUCCAUAUGCCACGUGUACGGCUGUGGGAGAUCAAGCGCAGUGUACCUGCCUGCCAGAAUAUAUUGGAACACCACCAAACUGUCGGCCAGAAUGUGUAACCAAUUCGGAGUGUUCCUUUGACCAGGCCUGCUUAAAUCAACGAUGCCGUGAUCCCUGCCCGGGUUCUUGUGGAUCUAAUGCAAAUUGCCACGUGAUAAGCCACUCUGCAACAUGCUCUUGUCUCCCAGGAUAUACUGGCGAUCCAUUCACGUCAUGCCGUCAAGUACCAUUCGUCCAAAAAGCGGAAAUCGUUCAACCUUGCUCUCCCAAUCCUUGUGGAGCCAAUGCUGUGUGUCGCCACGAAGGCAAUGUUGGUUCCUGCCAAUGCUUGCCUGAAUAUUACGGAAACCCAUAUGAGAUUUGUCGUCCGGAGUGUACAACGAACAACGAUUGCCCGGCGCCCAAAUCCUGCCAACAGAAUAAGUGUCGGGAUCCUUGUCCAGGAGUCUGUGCCUUAAAUGCCUUGUGUCGUGUGAUUAAUCACUUGCCAACUUGUCAUUGUCAGAAUGGCCUCGUUGGUGAUCCGUAUAGCUACUGUCAAAUACCUGAGAAACCUGUCCUGAAAGAAUAUGUCAAUCCCUGCCAACCGUCUCCGUGUGGUCCUAACUCACAGUGCCGGGAAAACAACGAGCAAGCUAUCUGCUCUUGUUUACCCGAGUAUAUGGGAGCUCCACCAAAUUGCCGACCGGAAUGUGUAACCAGUGCAGAGUGUCCUCAUGACAAGGCUUGCAUUAGGCAAAAGUGCACUGAUCCCUGCCCAGGCGUUUGUGGCUCCAAUGCAGAGUGUCGUGUUAUCCAACAUGCUCCUAUCUGCAGUUGUCGUCCUGGUUUUACAGGCGAUGCCUUCUCACGCUGCUUACCCCUGCCACCCCCAAGACCACCACAGUUGGACGUAUAUCGAAAUCCUUGUGUACCCUCGCCCUGUGGCCAAUACGCAGAGUGUCGGGAUCACCAGGGAACUGCUACGUGCAGUUGUCUGGCCUCCUACUUCGGCACUCCGCCCAACUGUCGCCCCGAGUGUACAAUUAACCCCGACUGUCCCGCUCAUCUGUCCUGUCAACAACAGCGUUGUCGGGAUCCCUGCCCCGGAGCCUGUGGAUUCAAUGCUUUGUGCACGGUUAUUAACCACAAUCCCACGUGCCAGUGUGCCGCCGGACUAAUUGGCAACGCCUUCACAUCUUGUCAUGCUCCACCUCCAGUCGCUCGAGAUCCUCCUCAAAUAAGUGAUCCCUGUUCCUUGAUUACUUGUGGCGCCAAUGCAGUUUGCAAUCAGGGACAAUGUACCUGUCUGCCCGAGUUCGUGGGUAACCCAUUAGUUGGAUGUCGUCCAGAAUGUGUGCUGAGUACGGAAUGUGAUUGGAACAAGGCGUGCGUAAGAAACAAGUGCGUCGAUCCCUGUCCUGGAACCUGCGGUGCUAAUGCCAUUUGUGAGGUGCACAGACACGUGGCCAUGUGUCACUGUCCACCGGGAAUGACUGGAAAUGCCUUCAGCCAAUGCCGACCCUUGCCACCAGCUCCAAUACGUGAUGUCAUCGAUCCUUGUCAGCCUUCGCCGUGCGGUCCAAAUGCUCAGUGUCGCAAUAUCAACGGACAGGCAGUUUGCUCGUGUCUUCGCGACUUCGUUGGAAUACCACCUUCCUGUCGACCAGAGUGUGUUAGUAAUGUGGAGUGUCCUCUGCACUUGGCUUGCCUUCAACAACAUUGUCGAGAUCCUUGUCCCGGUGUUUGUGGCUUGAAUGCUGAAUGCCGUGUGAUCAAUCACAGUCCGAACUGCCAUUGCAUUGGGUCCUUCACAGGAAAUCCAUUUGUGUCUUGUCAGCGUCAACCACCGCCACCAGUUAGACAAGAUCCAAUUGAUCCCUGUCAACCAUCGCCAUGUGGAGCUAAUGCCGAGUGUCAUUCCCAGGGAAGCAAUGCUCAAUGUAGUUGUUUGACUGGCUUCAUUGGAACACCACCUUACUGCCGACCCGAGUGCGUCUCCAACUCAGAUUGUCCUACCAACCUCGCUUGCCUUAACCAAAAGUGCCGCGAUCCGUGCCCAGGUGUAUGUGGCUCAAAUGCUGAGUGUUAUGUGAUUAACCAUACACCUAUGUGCACAUGCACUGCUGGUCAAACGGGAAAUCCUUUCGUUGGCUGUCAAGUGGUUCGAGAUGUUACCGCACCUCUAACACCAUGUGUGCCCAGUCCCUGUGGAGCCAACGCAAUCUGUACGGAAAGGAAUGGGGCCGGAGCCUGUCAAUGUCUUCCGGAAUUCUUUGGCAAUCCCUACGAAGGCUGCCGACCCGAGUGCGUGCUCAACUCAGACUGUCCAAGCCACCUGGCUUGUAUCAAUCAACAUUGUCGCGAUCCCUGCCCAGGAACAUGUGGUACAAAUGCCCAAUGUCAAGUUCGUGAACACCUGCCGCAAUGCAACUGCCUUGUGGGCUACCAAGGAAACCCUUACGUAUACUGUAGUGUCCUUCAAGAACCCUUGCCUGAACCGAUUCCCUCCCGCCCUUGCCAACCCUCACCAUGUGGUCCAAACUCUCAGUGUCGAGAGUCGAACAACCAGGCAAUAUGCAAGUGUCUGCCGGACUUCAUUGGCUCCCCACCCGCCUGUAGGCCAGAGUGUACUAUCUCUAGCGAGUGUGACUUGCAAAUGGCAUGUGUCCAACAGCACUGUGUCGAUCCCUGUCCUGGUGUCUGCGGCGUCAGUGCCCAGUGCCGGGUCAUAAAUCACAGUCCGCACUGUAGUUGCCUACCUGGUUUCACAGGUGAUGCCAUCAGUGGUUGCCAACGCAUACCGCCCGCCAUUACUUACGAUGCCCCCAAGGAAACCUAUCUCGACCCUUGUGUACCUUCUCCUUGUGGAACCUUUGGCCAAUGUCGUGCUCAAGGGAACCAGGCUAUAUGCUCAUGCUUACCUGGUUACUUUGGAGCUCCGCCGACUUGCCAGCCAGAGUGCAUGAUUAAUCCAGAUUGUCCCUCUCAUUUGGCGUGUAUAACUGAAAAGUGUCGAGAUCCGUGUCCAGGUUCAUGUGGGCUCUAUGCUCAAUGUAACGUCAUCAACCACACACCGAUCUGCAGUUGUCCAUCGGGUUAUCAGGGCAAUCCCUUCGUCAGUUGCCAACGCUCGCCUCCGCCUCCAACUCCCCCACUACAUGAUGCCUGUAAUCCCUCGCCUUGUGGCUCUAAUGCUAUCUGCAAUCCUGGAGGACAGUGUGCUUGUCUGCCAGACUUUGAUGGCAAUCCCUACGUGGGCUGCCGUCCGGAGUGCGUCCUCAAUACGGACUGUCCGAGAGACAAAGCCUGCCAGCGCAGCAAGUGCACAGAUCCCUGUCCAGGAGCUUGUGGUGUCGGAGCAGUGUGCGAGGUUCGCAACCACAUUCCAACAUGUAACUGUCCACCCGGAACAUCGGGCAAUGCAUUCGUUCAGUGUACCAUUGUGCAAUCUUCACCUUUGGUCCCUCUGAACCCCUGUCAACCAUCGCCGUGUGGAAACAAUGCCCAAUGCCGAGAAGCCAACAAUCAGGCUGUCUGCUCUUGCUUACCCGGCUACUUUGGUGUUCCACCAAAGUGUCGACCUGAGUGCACCAUUAAUUCGGACUGUGCCCCACAUUUGGCCUGUUUGAAUCAACAGUGUCGGGAUCCUUGUCCUGGAGCUUGUGGGCAGUUUGCUCAGUGCCAGGUCAUCCGACAUGUGCCGCACUGUAGUUGUCCUCCAAGUUACUCGGGCAAUGCCUUUUUCCUGUGCUAUCGUUUACCGCCACCACCACCAGUACAAAGGGAACCGAUCAAUCCGUGCUCUCCAUCACCAUGUGGAGCAAACGCGGAGUGCACUAAUCAGAAUGACCAGGCCGUUUGCAAGUGUCUCAAGGAUUAUGUAGGAACACCACCCAACUGUCGACCGGAGUGCAUAACAUCUACCGAGUGCCCGAAUCAGCUGGCUUGCAUUGCUCAAAAAUGCAAGGAUCCUUGUCCUGGCCUUUGCGGAAAUGCAGCCACCUGUCAAGUGGUCAGCCAUGUGCCGUCAUGCAUUUGCAUUGCGGACUAUAUUGGUGACCCCUACACUGGAUGCUACGCCCGGCCACAGAUUCAGCGUGAGCAGAUUAAUCCCUGCUACCAGAACCCUUGCGGAAGCAAUGCCGUAUGCAGAGAACGCGGAGGAGCCGGUUCGUGUCAGUGUCUGCCAGAAUAUUUCGGCAAUCCCUACGAAGGAUGUCGCCCCGAAUGCGUGCUCAACUCGGACUGUUUAAGCCAUUUGGCUUGCCUGAAUCAACAUUGUCGCGAUCCCUGCCCUGGAAGCUGUGCUCCCAAUGCCCAAUGUCAAGUGGUUAAUCAUGUACCCAGCUGUAGUUGUUUCCCCGGAUUCAGUGGUGAUCCUUAUCGCCAUUGUCAUGUGGUCCAAGCGGAACCCGUCGAAGUUGUCCACUUUAAUCCCUGCCAACCAUCGCCCUGUGGUCCCAACUCUCAGUGUACCGAAUCCCAGGGUCAGGCGGUGUGUCGUUGCCUGCCGGAUUACUUUGGUUCCCCACCUGCCUGUCGUCCCGAGUGCACCACUAAUCCCGAAUGUCCCAAUGAUAGAGCUUGCGUGGCCAGAAGAUGCACCGAUCCUUGUGCCGGUGCUUGUGGUCAGAAUGCCAUUUGCCGAGCGCAUCAACAUAAAGCGCAUUGCUCGUGUCAUCCUGGAUACAUGGGCGAUGCCUUUAUGCGUUGCUUGCCCAUGCCACCGCCACAACCUGUUAGGGAUUCACCCGUAGUCUAUAGAGACCCUUGUGUGCCCUCUCCCUGUGGGCAGUUUGCCCAGUGUCGAGUGGAGUACGGCCAAGCCGUAUGCUCGUGCCUAGCCUCUUAUUACGGUAUUCCACCUCAUUGCCGUCCCGAGUGCACCCACAACCCAGAUUGUCCUAGCCAUAGAGUUUGUGUCAAUCAAAGAUGUGUGGAUCCUUGCCCCGGGGCUUGUGGUCUAAACGCCCAAUGUGAUGUGCUCAAUCAUGUGCCCAUCUGUACAUGUCUCAGAGGUUUUGUAGGAGAUCCUUUCUAUCGCUGUUAUCCAGCACCAUCUCCUGCCCCUACACCUGUAACCGUUGUAGCCGAUGAUCCUUGUCAGCCUUCGCCAUGUGGUCCUAAUGCCCAGUGUUCAAACGGUGUCUGCAAUUGUCUGCCCUUGUAUCAGGGUGAUCCCUACGUGGGCUGUCGCCCAGAGUGCGUAUUGAGUACGGAGUGCCCGUGGAACAAGGCGUGCAUCCGCAAUCGUUGCCUGGAUCCAUGUCCGGGAACUUGCGGAUCGGGAGCCACAUGCCAGGUGCAUAACCAUGUAGCCAUGUGCCAAUGCCCCGCUGGCUAUCAGGGAAAUCCUUAUGUCCUGUGCCAGCAGACACCUCUUCAGUCACCCGUGCAGCUCCAUCCUUGCCAGCCUUCGCCUUGUGGACCCCACGGUCAGUGUCGAGAAGUUGGCUCGCAAGCAAUUUGUACUUGCCUUCCCGGAUAUUAUGGAAACCCACCAGCUUGUCGACCAGAGUGUGUCAGCAAUCCGGAGUGUCCGCCAAGUUUAGCUUGUGUGAAUCAGAAAUGUCGUGACCCCUGUCCUGGUGCUUGCGGAUACCUGGCCCAGUGUCAUGUGAUUAACCAUAGUCCUCAGUGUAUAUGCCCUAAUGGAUACACUGGAAGCCCUUACUCCCAGUGCCAGUUGAUUAGGACAGAUUAUACGCCAAUUCAACGAGAGCCCAUUGAUCCCUGCUCGCCAUCUCCCUGCGGUCCUCACGCGCAAUGCAACAAUGAGGGAGGCAACGCGGUUUGCCGCUGCCUUCCCGAUUUCUUGGGAGUACCACCCUACUGUCGACCCGAGUGCAUUUCCAAUAGCGAGUGUCCCAGCGACAGGGCCUGCAUAAAUCGGAAGUGCCAAGAUCCAUGCCCGGGUCUAUGCGGUUAUAAUGCCAUCUGUAGAACUUAUAACCAUCAACCCAAUUGUGUUUGUGCUCCCGGAUUAGUGGGCAAUCCAUUCAGCUCUUGCUUACCGCCCACUCGCCCCGUUAUUUCAUCAGCACCUCCCACAACUGCCAUAGAAGUACUCCAAUAUGAGGAACCAUUUAUCAAUGGCUGUGAACCAAAUCCUUGUGGAGCUAAUGCUCAAUGUAAUCAGCGGAGAGAAGUAGUUUCCUGCGUCUGCCUGCCCGACUAUUUCGGCAAUCCCUACGAAGCCUGCCGGCCGGAGUGCAUUUUGAACUCCGAUUGUCCUUCAAGCAGAGCUUGUGUACAGCAAAAAUGUCGUGAUCCGUGUCCCGGAACGUGUGGUCUGAAUGCUGAGUGCUAUGUCCUAGAUCAUCUGCCACAAUGCAGCUGUUUCAGCGGUUAUACUGGAAAUCCAUUGGCGUACUGCGCACCUGUUCCAAUAGUCCAACAAUCUCCCUUGAGUCCCUGUGAUCCCUCUCCUUGUGGACCAAAUGCCAAGUGUCAUCCGGCAAAUAAUGAAGCCGUGUGCUCCUGCUUACCCGAAUUCUACGGAACUCCUCCUAACUGUCGACCAGAGUGUACUCUUAACUCAGAGUGUGCUUAUGAUAAGGCUUGCGUCCAUCACAAGUGUGUCGAUCCCUGUCCUGGAAUUUGUGGUAUUAAUGCAGAAUGCCGCGUUCACUACCACAGUCCCAUAUGUUACUGCAUUUCUUCUCACACGGGUGAUCCUUUCACACGUUGCUAUGAAACCCCCAAACCUGAACGACCCCAUAUAUACGAUACACCUUCUCCUCCGUACCCGGUUGCUAUACCAGACCUAGUCUACAUACAACAACCACAACCGGGAAUAGUAAAUGUUCCCUCUAGUCCUCAGCCUGGAUAUCCACCAUCCCAUCCACCGCAAUACAAUGUGAACUACCCAACACCAAGUCCAACGAAUCCCCAAAAGCCUGGAGUUGUGAACAUACCAUCUGUAUCACAGCCAGUAUAUCCAUCGCCCCAACCACCUGUUUAUGAUGUCAACUUCCCAACAAGGCCUAAUCAAGUUCCACAACCCGGUGUUGUGAAUAUUCCGUCGCCGGCGAACCCAUUACCUGCACCUCAACCAGGAGUUAUAAACAUUCCGUCAGUGCCACAACCUAGUUAUCCUACGCCACAGACCCCAGUUUAUCAUGUAAAUGAUCCAACUACACCGAGACCAACUCCUCAACAACCUGGCGUGGUUAAUAUUGCAACUGUGCCACAACCAUCAUAUCCUUCUGCAAUCCCACCGGUUAACUAUCCAACGCCACAACCACCUCAGACACCAGCACAACCUGGUGUUAUCAAUAUACCUUCUGUGCCACAGCCGACCCCGCCAGCGCAACAACGUCCCGUGUUUAUACCAUCACAUGAGAUCCCGACACCAGCUCCAAAGCCAGGAGUAAUUAAUAUUCCCAACGAACCGCAACCAGUUCAUCAAAUACCACAACCACCAGGGGUCUAUAAUAUUCCGUCGUAUCCACAGCCAGUGCCACCAUCUCCUCAACCUCCCAUAUACAUUCCGUCCCAUGACACACUGACGCCAGCUCCAAAGCCCGGAGUUGUAAACAUUCCUUCUGCGCCACAACCGGUUUACCCAACGCCACAGAACCCAGCUCACGACUAUCCUACACCACCACCACCUGUGAUAACGCCGCAACCUGGAAUUGUUAAUAUUCCAUCUGUGCCGCAACCAGCUCCUCCAGUUUCCCAACGCCCAGUAUUUAUACCAACCCCCAUAAAUACAACUCCUGCUCCUCAACCAGGAGUUAUUAAUAUACCUUCUGUGGAACAACCAGUACAUCCAACAUAUGAACCUCCGGUUGUGCAGCGGCCAGCUAUAUAUGAUGUGUACUAUCCACCACCUCCUUCAAGACCGGGUGUGAUCAAUAUUCCUUCGCCACCACGGCCGGUAUAUCCUGUACCUCAACAACCGAUCUACGUUCCAGCACCGGUAUUAAAUGUACCUGCACCUAGACCGGUUAUACAUAACAUUCCAUCGGUAUUGCAACCAACGUACCCACACCGGAAUCCACCUAUUCAGGAUGUUAAUUAUCCAACGCCACAUCCAACUCCUCCGGCACCUGGAAUUAUAAAUAUUCCGUCAGUUCCUCAACCUGUGCCAUCACUCAUUCCCGGAGUGAUAAACAUUCCCUCCCAACCAUCACCUCCAGCCCCAGUACCAACUCCAGGAAUUGUAAACAUUCCAUCUGUUCCACAACCGACGUAUCCACCGAAAAAUCCACCUGUUUACGAUGUCAACUACCCAACACCACAGCCGACUCCUCCGGCACCUGGAAUUUUAAAUAUUCCUUCGGUGCAUCAACCACCAACUCCUCCGACACCUGGAAUUAUAAAUAUUCCAUCGGUACCUCAUCCUAUGCCAACACCCACUCCUGGUGUUAUCAAUAUUCCCUCAGUGCCAUCUCCACCAACGCCAGUUCAACAGCCUGGAAUUAUAAAUAUUCCAUCGGUACCACAACCUAUAAGUCCAACCACUCAGCAUCCGAUUAAGGAUAUCCAAUAUGAGAUACCGAGUCUACAACCUACCCCUGGAGUGAUUAACGUACCAUCCGUGCCGCAUCCGACCUAUCCAACUCAAAGGCCAUUUUACCAGGACGUCAGUUAUCCAACUUCUCAACCUACACCUGCGGUACAUGGAAUCGUGAAUAUUCCUUCGUUGCCACAGCCCGUGCCUGUAGCAACCCCUGGAGUGAUAAACAUACCUUCACAACCCUCUCAGCCGCUAACAACACAAAGACCUGGAAUUAUAAACAUUCCCUCGGUUCCGCUACCUAUACCUUCAACACCACAAAAUCCUUUACAAGAGGUGCAUCACGAUACUCAGAGACCACAACCAAUUCCUGGAAUAGUUAACAUUCCAUCUGUACCGCAACCUACUCCAGCUCGUCCCAAUUAUGAUGUGGCCAAACCCAAUUUCGAUUACAAUCCGUGCUAUCCAACGCCCUGUGGUCCCUACUCGCAUUGUCACAAUCGAUUUGGAGCAGCUGCCUGCACUUGCCUGCCUAACUACAGUGGAACUCCUCCCAAUUGCCGACCAGAAUGUGUCAUUAACUCGGAUUGUCCAUCAGUCUUGGCCUGCAUAAAUGAAAAAUGUCGCGAUCCUUGUCCAGGAUCUUGUGCUUACAACGCAGUGUGCCGUGUACAUGAACAUGUGCCGAAUUGCUUAUGCCAAAAUGGUUACACCGGAAAUCCGUUUAUUUCCUGUCAACCCACACCGAUAGCCACUGAUCAACGUAAGCCCAUUGUGGAAAAGGACCCAUGCUAUCCAUCGAUUUGUGGACCAAACGCCGUGUGCAAUAAUGGAAAGUGUAGCUGUAUACCGGAAUAUCUAGGAGAUCCACAUGUUGGCUGUCGGCCGGAGUGUGUUCUUAAUACGGACUGUGCCAGAAAUAAGGCUUGUAUUCGACAGAAGUGUCAAGAUCCUUGUCCAGGUACUUGUGGACUUAACGCCUUGUGUCAUGUAUACAACCAUGUUGCCAGCUGCUCAUGCCCGGAGCAAAUGCAGGGCGAUGCUUUUGUGAGAUGUGACCCGAUACCCAAACCUAAACCCCCUGCCCCUGCACCACCUACGACGUCACCGGCCCUUGUACCACAAAGUUCUCCGAUUAAUCCCUGCCAGCCCUCUCCUUGUGGUCCCAAUGCUCAGUGUCGACCCUACCAUGAACAAGCUAUCUGCUACUGCUUGCCCGAUUUUAUAGGCACACCACCAGCGUGUCGUCCGGAAUGCACUUCAAACUCAGACUGUCCCCUUGACAAAUAUUGUCUGAACCUCAAGUGUCGCGAUCCGUGUCCAGGAGCGUGUGGCAUUCAUGCCAUUUGUCAUGUACAGAAUCACAGUCCCUUGUGCGUUUGUCCACCCCAGUUAACGGGUAAUCCGCUACUGGCUUGUCAACCUAUAGUUAUUCCCCCCGUAGAACGCGAUGAAGUGAAUCCCUGCCAACCCUCUCCGUGUGGCCCGAAUUCUGAAUGUCAAGCCACGUCCAGCGGGGCUCGAUGCUCCUGUCAGCCUCAGUAUCAUGGCACUCCACCCUUCUGUAGGCCGGAGUGCGUGAACAGUGCUGAUUGUCCGGCGGACAAGGCGUGCCGAAAUUACAAGUGUAUUGAUCCUUGUCCCGGUAGUUGUGGCCACUCAGCUCUUUGUCGUGUUGUGGCUCACAGUCCCCUGUGCUACUGUCCUGAAGGUUAUGUAGGCAAUGCGUACAGCCUUUGCACGCGACCCGAGCCAAGCCCACCUGCCGUGGUGAUCCUUCCUUGCAAUCCCAGUCCCUGCGGAGUUAACGCUUUUUGUCGGCCCCAUAACGACUUGAGCGUCUGCCAGUGUCUGCCGGGUUACUAUGGCAAUCCAUCUGAGAUUUGCCGACCCGAAUGCACUGUCAACUCGGACUGUCCAAGUCACAGGGCUUGCAUGAGUGAAAAGUGUCGCGAUCCCUGUCCGGGAGUUUGUGGCAUCAAUUCCCUCUGUCAGGUCAUUAACCACAACCCGGUUUGCGAAUGCCACCCUGGUCAUGUAGGCAAUCCCUACCUCAGCUGCCGUGUUCCGCAGCGUGAAUCCCCAGUACCGGAAUAUGUGAACCCCUGUCAACCGUCGCCUUGCGGUGCUAAUUCCCAGUGUCGUGAGUCCCAAGGGCAAGCCAUAUGCUCUUGCCUGCCGGAGUUUGUGGGCACACCGCCCUCAUGUCGUCCGGAGUGUGUGAUAAGCGCCGAGUGUCCGGCGGACAAGGCGUGCAUCAACCAGAAGUGCCAGGAUCCUUGUCCCGGUGCUUGUGGAUUAAAUGCCCAGUGCCAUGUGCGUAACCACAGUCCGCUGUGCUCGUGUCAGACCGGAUUCACCGGAGAUGCCCUGACCCGCUGUCUACCCAUACCACCACCAAAACCACCGCAAUCUGAUGAUAUCCGCGAUCCUUGCGUGCCCUCACCUUGUGGACCAUACUCCCAAUGUCGGGUGGUUAAUGGCGGAGCCAGUUGCAGUUGCCUACCGAAUUAUGUUGGAGCGGCGCCCAACUGCCGACCAGAAUGCACCAUCAAUGCGGAGUGUCCUAGCAACUUGGCCUGCAUCCACGAGAAAUGCCGUGAUCCAUGUCCCGGAGCCUGUGGCUUUGCCGCGCUUUGUAGUGUCAUUAAUCAUACUCCCAGUUGUUCGUGUCCCGCUGGAUACACAGGAGAUCCGUUUAACAGCUGUCGACUGCAGCCACCACCACAACCCCCGAAGACUCCCACCGAUCCUUGCCAGCCCUCGCCAUGCGGAGCUAAUGCUUUAUGCAACAAUGGCCAGUGCUCUUGCCUGCCCGAGUAUCAAGGUGAUCCCUAUACUGGCUGCCGUCCCGAGUGCGUUUUGAACUCGGAUUGUCCCAGAAAUAGGGCCUGUGUGAACCAAAAGUGCGCCGAUCCUUGUCCAGGACACUGUGGCAUCAAUGCCCUUUGCGAUGCCGUUAAUCACAUCGCCAUGUGCCAUUGUCCCGAGCGGAUGACAGGCAAUGCUUUUGUUUCCUGUCAACCCAUUCGCGAUGAUCCUCCACCACCUACUCCUAAUCCCUGCCAGCCUUCGCCUUGCGGAUCUAAUGCUCAGUGCGUGGAGAGGAAUGGGAACGCCAUCUGCUCCUGCCUAACCGGAUACUUUGGACAGCCGCCUAACUGCCGGCUGGAGUGCUACUCCAGCUCCGACUGCUCCCAAGUUCACAGCUGUAUCAAUAACAAGUGCGUGGAUCCGUGCCCGGGCAAAUGCGGCCUAAAUGCCGUGUGUCAGGCCAUUCAACAUCGGGCUCAUUGCGAGUGUAUUCCGGAAUAUACUGGAAAUGCCUAUGUUCUGUGCAAUCCCAUUCCAAGGAAACCCGAACCGGUUCGCGAUCCCUGCCAACCCUCGCCUUGUGGUUCCAAUUCCCAGUGUACAAAUGUGAAUGGUCAGGCGGAGUGCCGCUGUCUGCCGGAAUUCCAGGGAACCCCACCGAACUGCCGACCAGAGUGCGUCAGCCACGAUGAGUGUGCCAACCACCUGGCCUGUAUGAAUCAAAAGUGUCGCGAUCCCUGUCCAGGAAGCUGUGGCCAGAGUGCCCAGUGCACGGUCAGCCUUCAUACACCCAAUUGUCAGUGCCCCGUGGGCAUGACUGGUGAUCCAUUCCGUAUUUGCCUGCCCAAACCACGUGAUGAACCAAAGCCUGUGCCAACUCCUAAAAAUCCGUGCUACCCCUCGCCUUGUGGAACCAAUGCCGUGUGCCGUGUCCAAGGAGAGAACUACGUUUGCGAGUGCAGCCAACUGGAAUAUAUCGGCAAUCCCUAUGAGGGAUGUCGCCCCGAAUGCGUGGGCAACUCCGAGUGCCCAGCCAAUCAAGCUUGCAUCCGUAGCAAGUGCCAGGAUCCAUGUCCCGGAGUGUGCGGCCUAGAGGCCAUUUGCACCAUGAACAACCACUUACCUAUCUGCUCUUGUCCGCCGGGCUAUACUGGCAAUGCGUUUGCCCAGUGUACUCGACAGUUAACACCACCUCCUCCCUCGGAUCCUUGCUAUCCAUCACCCUGUGGACCCAAUUCCAUUUGCCGUGUUCAAAACGAGAAGGCUGUGUGCGAGUGCGUGCCCGGAUUCUUUGGUAAUCCGCUGGCACAGGGCUGUCGCCCAGAGUGCACCCUCAGCUCGGAUUGUGCCAAGGAUAAGGCUUGCAUCAACUCUAAGUGCGUGGAUGCCUGCGUUGGAGAGUGUGGAUUCGGAGCGGUUUGCCAAACAAUUAACCACAGCCCUGUGUGUAGUUGUCCAAUCAACAUGGUGGGCAAUCCGUUUGUCCAGUGCGAGGAACCGCGCCAGGUUGAACCUGUUGAUCCCUGCCAGCCAUCUCCUUGCCGCAGCAAUGGAAUCUGUCGCGUUUACAAUGGAACUGCCACAUGCAGUUAUCCAGAGUGUGUGAUUAACGAGGACUGUUCGCGUGAUAGAGCCUGCGUUAGCCAAAAGUGCAGAGAUCCGUGUCUUAAUGCCUGCGGAAUCAAUGCCGUAUGUCGGGCUAUUAACCAUAAGGCUGUGUGCAGCUGUCCACCAGAUUUCUUCGGCUCUCCAUAUGCCCAGUGUGUAAGGCAGAUACCGGAACCACUGCCCAAGCCCGAGUGCAUUAGCGACGUUGACUGCACUAAUGAUAAGGCCUGCAUCAACCAGGUUUGCCGCAAUCCUUGCGAGCAAUCGAACAUGUGUGCGCAACAGGCGCGUUGCCAUGUCCAGCUUCAUCGGCCACUGUGCGUAUGCAAUGAAGGAUAUACUGGAAACGCCUUGCAGAACUGCUACCUUCUGGGAUGCCGUUCUGAUGGGGAGUGCGCCGCCAACGAGGCCUGCGUUAAUCAGCAGUGCGUUGAUCCAUGUGGAUUCACACAGUGUGGAACUGGAGCCAUCUGUCGGGCUGACUUCAACCAUCGUGCUAGGUGCCAUUGCCUAGACGGAUACCGCGGCAAUCCUUUGGUGCGUUGCGAACGUCCAGAAUGUCGCUCCGAUGAUGAAUGCGCCUUCCACUUGGCCUGCCGUAAUGAACGCUGCGAGGAUCCGUGCAACUGUGGCAUUGGAGCCCAGUGUCGUGUGGAAAAUCAUCGUGCUCAGUGCCGUUGUCCAGCCGGUUUCAGUGGAAACCCAGCCGUAAGAUGUGACCUCGUGCCAACAGAACCAGAAGGAUGUACCAUGGAUGCGGAAUGUCCCAGCAAAUUAGCCUGCUUCGGCGGCGAAUGCAAGAACCCGUGCACUGUCACACAUCCCUGCGGUGCCAAUGCAAUCUGCGAAGUGGUGGACACCCUACCCCUACGCACCAUGAUGUGCAGCUGUUUACCUGGCUAUGUGGGUGAAGCCGACAUUGGAUGUCACAAAGAACCCCCGAGAGAUCAGGGCUGUACGUCGCACGAUCAGUGCCAGGAUACGGAAGCCUGUCGAGGCGGAAACUGUGUCAAUCCCUGUUUGGAUGCCUCGCCUUGUGCCCGCACCGCCCAGUGUUUGGCCCAACAGCAUCGUGCCAUUUGCAGCUGUCCUGAGAGAACCCAGGGAGAUCCAUUCACCAACUGUUAUGAGCCACCUGAAGUCAAGACCGGUUGCACCCACGACUCGGAGUGCCAGCCGAAUACGGCUUGCAUCAAUAAACGCUGUCAGGAUCCUUGUGCCGAGGCCAAUCCUUGUGCCGGCAAUGCCGAAUGCCGCGUGCAGAACUCAAGACCGAUCUGCUUCUGUCCAGCUGGUUGGGGUGGUGACCCACAAGUCCAAUGCUACAAACCCGAAUGCAAAAUCAAUGCCGAUUGUCCAUAUGACAAGACCUGCUUGAACGAGAACUGCGUGGAUCCCUGCACACAUGGCCAGGUUCGCUGCGGUAGUGGAGCCCAGUGCUUAGCGCAGAACCACCAGGCUGUUUGCAUUUGCCCAUCCGGAACUCAAGGCAAUCCCUUCAUCUCUUGCAUCACUGGACACUGUCAAUACAAUGAAGAUUGUGCUGAUCACGAGGCUUGCGACCGACUGAAUCGCGUUUGCCGACCAGUUUGCGACCAGGAGACGUGCGCUCUGAAUGCCAUCUGUGUGGGUCGUCGUCAUCAGCCGCAGUGCGAGUGCCGACCCGGAUACCAGGGCAAUCCACACGUCCAGUGCGAUAUACCAGUGAAAACGCCUAAGCCUCAGUGUACCCAGGAUGCUGAUUGUCCAUCGAAAUUGGCGUGCAUCAAUGAGCGAUGCGCAGAUCCUUGUGACACGCCUCAUGUUUGCACUCCGCAGCAGACUUGCACGGUUUUGGAUACUCUUCCGAAACGAGCUAUGGCCUGCAAGUGCCCCGGUGAUACGGUUACCGAUAUUUCCCGCAAUUGCGUGCCCAUAACUGUGCCCAAGGUCAUCACUGGAUGUCAGCAUAACUCCGAGUGUGCCAACCCAGAGGUCUGCUCGAAUGGAAAUUGCCUGGAUGCUUGUCGACUGGAAAGAUGCGGAGUUAACGCUCAAUGUACCGCUAGGGAUCACUAUGCGCAGUGCAACUGCCCUAAGGGCUUCCAAGGAAAUCCACGCAUCGAGUGUUACACAACAGAAGUCGAUAGACCUAGAAUUCCCAGUCCUGGCUGCUCUCGCAACGAUGAUUGUCCCAAUGAUCAGAUUUGCCGUAACGAGAUUUGUAUUAGUCCGUGUGCUUCGGAUGCCUGUGGAAUUGGUGCCUACUGCCAUGUGCAGCAACGCAAGGCUAUCUGCCGCUGUCCACCUGGCUAUUCCGGAAACCCACAAGACCGCUGUCUGCCACCUUCCGAUGUGAUCUUGGCGGGCUGCAAGUCCAGCACCGACUGCCCAACCAACCAAGCCUGCAUCAACACCCAGUGCGCCAGUCCUUGCAACUGCGGACCAAAUGCCGAGUGCACGGUAAAGAACCAUCAUCCGAUCUGCUACUGCAAACCUGGAUUCUCCGGAAAUGCCCAGUUUGGAUGCGCACCUAUUGGCUGCCAGUCGGACGACGAAUGCAGCAGCGACAAGCAGUGCCUGAACCGCGAAUGUAUCAAUCCCUGCCUGGCAAGCGAUCCUUGUGCCCUGAAUGCCGAGUGCUUCGGACGCAAUCACCGGGCUAAUUGCCGCUGUCCGGUAGGAUUGGAGGGUGAUCCGUUUGUGCGCUGUCUGCGCUUGGAAUGUCACUCAGACUAUGACUGUGCCUCGAACCUAGCUUGCGUGUCCAACGAAUGUGUUAGUCCAUGUGGUCAACGCAAUCCUUGUGCCCAGAAUGCCAUCUGCCAAGCCCUGCAGCAUCGCGCUGUUUGCCGUUGUCCGGAUCAAUUGCCCUUGGGCAAUCCGUUCGCCUAUUGUGAAGCUAGACAACUGGAGCCAGUUUGUCGCGAUGACGGAGAUUGUCCAAGUAAGUUGGCCUGCAUCGAUGAUAAGUGCCAGAAUCCUUGCACGGAGCUAUCACCGUGCCACCAAACCGCUCGGUGCAGUGUCUUAGACAGCGUUCCUGUACGAACCAUGGUAUGUGAGUGUGCGCAGUACGAGGUGCCAGAUGCCAGUGGAGCAUGCAGAAAAAUGGUACCUCCCAGGCAACCUGGAUGCGAAAGUGACCAGGACUGUCCCGACCAAGAGGCCUGUAUCCACGCCCAAUGCCGCAACCCGUGUAAUUGUGGAACCAAUGCCGUCUGCCAAGUGACCCAGCAUCGUGCCGUGUGCAGCUGCCAGGACGGAUUCGAAGGAAAUCCCUAUGCUUCUUGUCGCUCGAUUGGAUGCCGCGUUGAUGGAGAGUGCGAUUCGGGCAAAGCCUGUAUCAAUGGUGACUGCAUCAACCCAUGCUUGAUUAAUGAUCCAUGUGGACCGAAUGCCGAAUGCUAUGUGCAAUCGAACCGUGCCCAGUGCCGCUGCCUGAGUGGCUAUCGAGGAAAUCCUUACGAGCGUUGCCGUGUUAUCGGUUGCAGCAGUAACAACGACUGUCCCACGGAUAAGACCUGCCAGAACGAGCAGUGCGUGAAUCCCUGCGUUUACCACAACCCUUGUGCUCCGCGUGCGGAGUGUAGGGCUCAGAACCAUCUGGCAGUUUGCCGCUGCCCUGCCGAUUUCUUAGGAAAUCCCUACGUAGACUGCAGACCGCCGCCACAGCCCAUCUGUCAGUUGGAUACCGACUGUCCUAGUCGCCAGGCUUGCAUCAAUGAACAGUGCGUGGAUCCUUGCGUGGUCUUGGAUCCGUGCCAACGACCUGCUCUGUGCGAGGUGACACCCACUUCCCCUGUGCGCACGAUGCUCUGCAUCUGCCCAGAUGGCUAUGUCAGUAGUGGAAAGGGAGGAUGCAAACCCACACCAGCAAUCAAGGAAGGUUGCAUAUCAGACUCAGACUGUCCCGCGGAUAAGUCCUGUCUGAAUAGCGUAUGCCGAGAUCCUUGUAACUGUGGCUUGAAUGCGGAGUGCCGUAUCAAAGAUCACAAACCUGUCUGCACCUGUCGCCAAGGAUUUGAAGGAAACCCAGAGUUCGAGUGCUCGAAGGUCGAAUGCAGCAUCAAUUCAGACUGCCCAGGAACUCAUGUGUGCCGUAAUCAGCUCUGCAUCCCUGCUUGCCAAGGUGAACAGUGUGGAAACAAUGCCCAGUGCCUCGCCAUUGAGCAUCGUGCAGUAUGCGAGUGCAUCCCAGGACAUGGUGGAAACGCCAGAAUUGCUUGUACUCCAUUGGGAUGCCGAUCCGAUGAUGAAUGUCCAACGGACAAGGCUUGUGUCAACGGUAAAUGUAAUGAUCCUUGUACAACGACUGCCAUUUGCGCCCAGGACGAGCUUUGCAAGGUAUAUCAGCACCGACCGCAGUGUGCCUGCCCGCCAGGAACUGUACCCGGAAAGAACGGCUGUGAAUCGGAGCGACAUAUUCCCAUCUGCAUCAGUGAUGCUGAUUGUCCCAGUCAAAAGGCCUGUCUGCGCGGAGAAUGUGUGAAUCCUUGCAAUGCCACCGAGCCGUGCGGAGUUAACGCCUUCUGCAGCGUCAGAGAUACUUUACCUGUAAGAACAAUGAUCUGCGAGUGUCUUGAGGGAUACACCGGCAAUCCAGCCGUGCAGUGUGACAAGCGAUCCCUGUGUGUCAUUGAGAAGGGCUUCGUUCGCGAUGUGGACGGACAAUGUGUCUGCCCGCCUGGAACUGCUUUGGACAUCUACGAAUACUGUACCCCAUGCCGAGAGGAGCAGGGCUUCCGUAUCGACGAAAGCGGACAUUGCGUGUGCGCCCUGGAGCGUGGAAUGGUGAUCGACGAACGUGGUCGCUGCACUUGCCCCAUUGAGCUAGGCUACCGUUUAACUCCCCGUGGCGAAUGUCAGCCUGAGGAGCCGCCAGAGUGCACGAGCAACGAUCAAUGCGCUGAUAACCGUUUCUGCAACCUGGACACCAAGACCUGCGAAGAUCCCUGCCUGACCAAGGUGUGUGGUGUGAAUGCCUUCUGUAACGCGGUCAAUCACCGUGCCCAGUGCCAGUGCAUUACUGGCUACACAGGCAAUCCUGAGUUGCAUUGCAACCACACUAACUUCCGCACCGAUUUCCCAAGACCCGAUAUGGUGGUCAGUUGUCUGGCCGAUGGCGUUCAAGUAGAGAUCCAUAUCACAGAGCCUGGAUUCAACGGAGUACUGUACGUUAAGGGCCACAGCAAGGACGAGGAGUGCCGUCGGGUAGUCAACCUAGCUGGUGAGACUGUUCCCCGUACCGAGAUCUUCCGCGUCCACUUCGGUAGCUGCGGUAUGCAGGCCGUGAAGGAUGUUGCCAGCUUUGUACUGGUCAUCCAGAAGCAUCCCAAGCUGGUCACCUACAAGGCCCAGGCCUACAACAUCAAGUGUGUCUACCAGACUGGCGAGAAGAACGUGACCCUAGGAUUCAACGUAUCAAUGUUGACAACAGCCGGAACAAUUGCCAACACAGGACCACCGCCCAUCUGCCAGAUGCGCAUCAUCACCAACGAGGGUGAGGAGAUCAACUCCGCCGAGAUCGGAGACAAUCUCAAGCUUCAAGUAGAUGUGGAGCCAGCGACCAUUUACGGAGGCUUUGCCCGCUCUUGUAUUGCGAAGACUAUGGAGGACAAUGUGCAGAACGAAUAUCUGGUCACGGAUGAGAAUGGCUGUGCUACGGAUACCAGUAUCUUUGGAAACUGGGAGUAUAAUCCGGACACAAACAGCCUGCUGGCCAGUUUCAAUGCGUUCAAGUUCCCGUCGAGCGAUAACAUCCGCUUCCAGUGCAACAUACGAGUUUGCUUUGGACGCUGCCAACCUGUCAACUGUGGUGGCUACAACGCCUUCGGGCGACGUCGCCGUUCCAUUGCUGACAAUUCCACCGAUUCGACCGCCAUUGCCACGAAUUCGGGUGUGGAGGGUCAACUGCGCGAGGAGAUCACCAUCUCGUCGAAUGCCAUUUUGACAUUCGAGAAGCGUAGCGGUCAAGGCCUUAAUGAUGCCAAUAUCAAACCGGCGGCUCAGAGGGUCGAGGAUAUCUGCGUGUCGAUGGUGGGACUAAUUAUUGCCCUGGUCAUCACUGCCCUGUUGGCUCUCGUAGCCGUUGCCGUGGCAGUUUCCUGCUGGCUUAUGGCCUACAGGAGGAGGCCCAAGACCAUUGCGCCCCUGCCCCAUCCACCAGAGUUCCCCAACCCGCUAUUCGCCAAUCCCGACGCAGUGCCCGAGCCAACGCCGGACUACAUAUCCUAAACGUAACGUAAAGAUACACUGACAUACAUACACACCUAGCUAUAUCUUUAGUCUGUAAGAAAAUUUAAUGAAAAUGAAUAUGAAAAUUAUGUGAAUAUUUGAAAGGCAAGUGCAAAAAGAUCUGCAAAAUGCAAAACAGAUUAAAUCGCGAAAAAGUAUCAAUAUUGAAGAAAAGAAAAGAAAAACAAAAGUACAGUUGUGAGCUGAAAGUAUAGUCGGCUCUGUUGGCCGUAAAACGAAACUAUGAAAAGAUUGAAUUAUUGUAAAAAGGAAAUAUGACGAAACGAGAAUCGCAUGAAAAAUGCAUGAAAGUAAUUUAGUAGCUUAAGAAAAUAAUUUUAUUAAUUGUAUUAACGUUUAGUAUUCUCCUUCCUACUAAUAUGAGAAUUCCGCGUAGUGUUUGUACGUUUAGCUGCCACAUAGAGUUCACAAACUGCCAAACAGAUGUGAGGGAAUUCACACAUAGAGAGUGCAGCUACAAACGAAUUCUCGUCCUCUAACGACAACUUCUUCAUUAGUCGAGUAUCAAUAUUAAUACUGUUAAAUAUGUAUAACUAAAGACUUCCUAUAAAUAUUUAGGGUGUGGGUAGUAGCAACGACACUUUGUAUUAUAGCACAGACACACGCACACACAACUGCAACUACUUCCUGUAAUUUAGAUAUGAACUCUACUCGCCCGUUAAAAUUGAAAACUGCCUUUAAUUUCCAACAAGAACGAACAAUGCACCCCAGAAUACUCUCUACCAGAUUCUAAGAGAUCGUUGGACCAAAAUCGAUGGGUUACUAUUCCUCGUGUAUCACCUAUAACCACUGGACAAUAUGUCAACGAUUGUCUCAGUUGAGUUGUAAGAAAGCUAUAGAGUAAAAACACACACACACACACACUGAGAAGAAAGACACUUUACUCAGCUUACAAAACGUGGGAAAAG